UGGCUCUCGCGGGGGCUGCUGGGAUCGCUCGCCGCCUUGGUAAUGUCCGCCAUGUUUGCCAUGGCGCAGGGAGCGGAUCGAGCCGACAAAUCCCGGAUCUAGGCACGCAGCGCCGCCCGCCGGACCCCGAGCCUUCCGCCCCUCACCGAGCCCCGGGGGGCCCCCCAUGAGUCCGCUGGGGGAGUGCGAGUGACGGAGCGCGGGGUUCGCCAGCCCGGGUGGGGACGGUCUGUGGAGAGGCGGCCAUGAGCAAACUCUCAUUCCGAGCGCGGGCGCUAGACGCCGCCAAACCGCUGCCCAUCUACCGCGGCAACGACAUGCCCGACCUCAACGACUGCGUCUCCAUCAACCGGGCCGUGCCGCAGAUGCCGACGGGGAUGGAGAAGGAAGAGGAAUCGGUAUGUAAUCCAUUGUUAUCGCCCUCCCCUCCCCUCCAUUGGCAGCGAAGGAGAUUGGGAUUCAGGAAAGGCACUUACGCCGGACGGAGUGCGUAAGGCCUGUUGGUGUGCAGUCUCCUUACGUCAGCGAGGCUUGGCGUAGGGACGCAGUUGGCGGGAGCCGCCAUGCUGUGGCGUAGAGGCGCUACGUCAAAGUGCGAGUGGGGAACCAUUCGUGGCGUAGCCGCGGCUGUGAAUAGGGGGACUUGCGUAGCGCUCUGUGCGUGCAGCCGGCUGCUGUGUUUGUUAUUGCUGCUCGUGCAGGGCUGCCUGGGAGAACUCCUAACAUUGAUACUGUGUUUAUUAAUAUCAUUGUCAUUACCUUCCUGAGUGACUGACUGGCUGAUCGCAACUACUGGCACUCUCAGCAACAUUGCUGCAAUAACUUAUAUAUUCCAACACUGCCCAAUAAUAAUAUUAUAUUAUAGCUUUUACAUUAAAAACAGCAAAAAUCUACUAUUAUUACUACUAAAACGAAUUAUUAUACAAGAGUUACCUGCACCAAUGACAGUUCAGUCCUGCAGUGCUACAAGUACACAGCAUUUGUGUAUUAAGAGCAGAUACUGUUUGUACUUUUAUUAUCCUUUUAUUAACCAAUGCACAUUGUUUACAUGAGUACAACACAGCCUCGUGUUUACAUUAUGAAUGAGUCAUUUAUUGAUAGGAGUAUUUUACAUGUUGGUUUCUGUGCCCAUGGUGUGACAAAUACUUUUAUACUAAAAAAAUAUAGUAUAGUGUCUGGUUGUCUAGAUACUUUAUGUCUCUAAUUGACAUCAUUCUACGGUAUGUAUUGGCUAUAGUGUCAUCCAUGUGGGUUGCCAACAUCUAAUGUCACUGAGGAAAAAAAAUGACAGGAAAGAAAUGUACAUUUUUAUAUAAUAUGUGUGUGUGUAAAUUAUUUAAAUAUAUAUUAUUAUUCAGUUAUUAAUUUGGUUAGGAACUAGCUGGACUUUGUUUCAUUUUUUAUUAUUGUUAGAAUGUAUUGUGUAUGUUAGCUGUCUGUAAUGUUUUUAACGUCCGUUACAAUUUGUAUUUUGCAUCUGACAACCCACGUGUUCUUACGGAUCUUGUUUGGUGAAAUUGCUGAAGCUGUCAGUAGCCAUGCUUUCAAGUGAGAGACGUCAGGAAUUCAAAAUGAAUUUCAGAAUCUAGACCAAAACAGCUUAAUUAGAAAUAUUCUUCCAAUCGAUAUGUUUUCACUUGGGCUAUUUUGCCUUCAAUUGUGAAAUUCAUUUUGAAGUCAUGGCAAUUACUUCUUGCAGAGCUGCUCGGAUUAGAAGUGCACAUCCUCCUUUCUUCUUUAGGAAUAGCUUUAUCUUCAUGAUUCUUUCUAAUGACAUCUAUUUAGGCACCCACACAAGUUUGAUGUACUGUGAUAGAUGAAUCUUAUUGUAUGUGCUCGUUGUUUUUAUUUUUUUUGGGGGGGGUGUAUUUGUUUUGUUUGGAAAAAGUUUUGCUGCAUAAGCUUAUCCUUUCUGCCCAAUCCUCCCAAUUUGCUUUAAGGGUAAUGCUGGACUUGGGUUGCUGUAAGUUGUACUUUAGCUGUUGGCUUUGUAAGAAGAACGUUGACAAUUAAACUACAAUUGUCAGCAACCCUUGCUUUGCCUUUAACCCCUUAAGGACACGUGACGUGUGUGUGUGUGUGUGUGGGGGGGGGGUGUUAAAGAACUUAUGAGAUGCGACGCAGUGUUGUAGAAGGUUAGAUGAGUCUCAUGACUGGCUGAGUCACCCAAGUGUAUAGACAGUAGCACAGCUGCCCAGAAUGGUGUUUUAUACAAAUAACAUGCAUGGGAUUAUUAUUUUAGUGUAAUAUCGGUGUAGUUUAUUUAAAAAUCAAAGGGUGACCUUGAGGUACCGUUUUUGCAUGGGAAGAGCAGCUGUGGUCUUCUAGCUGUCUUGACAGGUUUCUGACAUAGUUGUCAAACGCCAUGGGCUUGGUGGCUUCCUGGGAGAAUUGAUGGACAGCCCUGCACUUUCACCGCUGAGAUUAAAGUUUGUGUACGCUCUCAUUUGCAUGUUGAAUGCUUAUAUCUUCAGAAUGUGUACCAGUAGGGGCAGUUAGCGUGUCUUGUAUGUUAUAGAUCUGUGUAUGUGUGCAUUUGCUUUUGUGUAAGUCACUAGAGGGGAUUAUUUUCAUUCCAGAUUAUAUAGCAGCAUAGUAAUCUAAUGCAUAUUAUCAGGGCGGUGGGCUCAUCCUAACCUAGUGAUAGCUCAGGUCUUUUAGGGGUUGUGGACUACCUGUCUUGGGAGGCUGGAAGCUUGGUCAGUAGCUGGUGUCCAGCUUUGAUUUUCACGUACAGUGUGUUUGUGUUCUGUCCAGCUCUGAGCUCCACGUACAGCGUGUUUGUGUUGUGUCCAGCUCUGAUCUCCACGUACAGCGUGUUUGUGUUCUGUCCAGCUCUGAUCUCCACGUACAGUGUGUUUGUGUUGUGUCCAGCUCUGAUCUCCACGUACAGUGUGUUUGUGUUGUGUCCAGCUCUGAGCUCCACGUACAGUGUGUUUGUGUUGUGUCCAGCUCUGAUCUCCAGGUACAGCGUGUUUGUGUUGUGUCCAGCUCUGAUCUCCAGGUACAGCGUGUUUGUGUUCUGUCCAGCUCUGAUCUCCAGGUACAGCGUGUUUGUGUUGUGUCCAGCUCUGAUCUCCCCAUGUGUAUGUGUUCUCUGGCUGCGGUGCAGUGAUACAUUUGUUGCAGUGAUGUUCCAUUGUGUGUAUGUGUUCUCUGGCUGCGGUGCAGUGAUACAUUUGUUGCCGUGAUGUUCCAUUGUGUUUGAGUUGUAUCUGCCCGGCCGCUCUCCUCAUGGCUCUGCUAGUAAGUGCACCAGAUGGAUUUCCUGAAUGAAAGCAAGCCCCGCCCCCGCCGCCUUUCGAUUGGCUCUGUCUUGAUUCUUGCUCUGAGAGGUGGCAGUGAGCGCCGGUGUGAUCGCUGAUUGGCUGCCGGCGGCCGUCUCCUCAUCUCCCUGGGCUCGCUGUUCGGGUCCUUACAGUCUGUUUACCAGAGAGCUAGUCUAGAGAACUACAACUCCCUGCAUGCCUUGCCAGCCAGAAACCUUACAAAACAUCACGGGAGUUGUAGAACUGAGAGCCUGCGUGUGUCAGCCUGUUUGUGUGUGCUGCUUGUGAUUAUUGACUGCACUUGCUGUUUUGGCAAUCUGGACCGUUUAGCAUUUGCAAGGCAGCAAUGUUAUCAAAUGGAAAUGUAUAACAAUUGCGUUCAAAUCAAUGUGAAAUCUUGGCACCAUGCUACUAAUGAAAGAUCCCCUUUGUAUUUUGAUAUGAUCAGUAUGUCUAAGAAUGCAUAGCAUUGCUUGUUAAACAACUAUGAACAGUAUAGUAAUUGCAAAUACAUAUUGAUAGUGUGCAUACACACCAAAAACAAACGGUGGACAUAAUUGAUGCAUACUUGUUCUAGCAUGGCCCUCAUCUACCUAUUCCUGGAACAAUUUGUAACCUCUCAGUUAUUGUUAAAUGCCCUCUUUAUAAUAUUGUAAAGUGCUGCGGAAUAAAUUGGUGCUAUAUAAAUGGCAGUAAUAAUAACAAUGCAUACAGUUCAUAUGUGUCCUCACAGACCAGAGCAUUGAGAAUUGUAAUGUCCUCUGCAGGCAUUAAUACAUUUAAAUAGUUGGCUGCAUCCCACAUAUGUACUUACCUGUUUUAGUUGUACUGUCAUUUGAUUAGUGUGAUGGCCUUUUGUUUUUCAUUAUGGUAUAUCUUUCAGUUUUAUGUUUUUGCCUCUGUUCGAUAAACUUUAAAAUUCUGUUGAUGAUUUAAGUGAGUAUAUUCAAAUUGAAAUAGUUGGCUAGUGCUGGCAAAAAUGUGUUCAAUAUGGAGUUAGUUUUUGUUUUUUAAUUGUACUUUUACUAGAUUGAUAUUCUUUUGGGGGUUGUUAUUAAUUCUGGACAGCAGUCAAUAAAAACUAAAGGGACACUAUAGUCGCCAAAACAACCUUAGCUUAGGGAAGCAGUUUUGGUGUCAGUCACAGCCAGGGGAGCUGUGGCUAGGGCUGCAUAAACCGAAACAAAAAAACUCCUAAAUUGUUGUAAAUUGAGAAGUGAUGCUUCAUAGGCAAACGGUUUCAUUAAGUUAGUUUUGUUGACUAUAGUGUCCCUUUUUGGGCAUUUUGUUUAUAUACAUUUUGUUUUGUAGAUUUUACUACUUCUUGUAAUCUAGUGGCUAGUUGAAAAUGAAGUUCAGGUAUUUACCUUAAAGGAGUUCAUGAUUUUAUGCUGCUUCAUUGCAAAUAAGCUGUUCUUUCUAUUACUUUAGAAAAUGUGUACUGGUAACUGUGUAUUCGUUUAAGUGCUGAUUUUAUUGUAUAAUAUUACACAAACUAACCAUAUUACCGUUUUGAUCCAAUUUCACUUAUGGCUUUGUAGGUUCAAAAACCAUUCACAAGUAAAUGUUUUUAUAAAAUAUGCAUUGUGAAUGUUAAUAUUUGGAUUGGAAUAGAUUUUCUUUUACUUGUGACUGCAUAAUGUAUGAAGAGUUAGCCACAAGAACUAUCUUGUAACUCUAAAAUGAUGUAAUGUUUUGGAAUUAUGAUAUAUUUUAUUCCAGUCAGCAUACAAUUUGCAUACCUUAAUGCUAUAAUCUGUAUUCAUAAUAUACAACUUGAACCACUCUUUAUCUGAUGUUAUGGAGCUGUCCAGCCAUCAGGAAAUGUUACUGCUUUGUAACAGCUGAAGGCAUUGAUCUGUCUGCUCGUUUAUAUUUUUCUCCAAUGUAACUAUUUCUUGGUCCAGACUGAAUGCAUUCCAGCAGUGUAAGCUUUCAAAACUACAUAGACCUACUUUCUCUGUUUUGUAGCUUUUUAUUUUGUAGCUUUAAAAAGUUAACUGGAAGCCUUUUCCUAUUGUCAAUGUGAAUGGGAGAUGCAGUAACUGGGCUUUUAUAAUAGAAUCGAUAAAAGUGGUCAAAUCCUGUGUUCUCACUGGUUUUAGAUAGCACCUUGUGCUUAGGAGAUAAGAUGGGGGGGGGAGGGUGCCUAUACCUAUAGAGCCAGGUGAAAAUUGUACAAAGGGAUAUGAGGCAAGAAUUAUCUAUUAUUUUUUUUUUUCCCCUCUUGUGUCCUUUCAGGAUCAUCUCCUUUCCCAGUACACUGUCUUUGUUAAUUGGCAUUGCUCACCUAUUUCAAUAUUACACACACAGUUGUCCAGAAGCUGUUUUGCUGCCAUUUAGGCUCUCUCUAGUAUAACAACUUUUGUUUUAAUAUAUUUGUUAAAACCACACUGGAUUCGUCUUACUCUCUCAUAUAAGAACUGUUAACUCAGUUGCCGAAGUGUUUCAGUUUCUUUCCCCUUUCAUGUUAAAUGUCUUUUAAACUUUUGAGUGCUAUGCAAAUGUGUUUGAACUGCUAUACUUAAUUUACAUUGGAGCCAUGUUAAAGACACACUAUAGUCACCAGAACAACUACAGCUUAUUGUAUUUGUUCUGGUGAGUAGAAUCAUUCCCUUCAGACUUUUUGCUGCAAACACUCUUUUCAGAGAAAAUGGAGUGUUUACAUUUCAGCCUAAUGAUAACUCCACUGGCCACUCCUUAGAUGGCUGCUAGGACUGUUUCCUAUCUCAGUCUUGACUAGUGUGCAUCACAACAUUCAGUAUCUCCACCCUGUGCAUGCAGAUACUGAACUUUCCUCAUAGAGAUUCAUCGAUAUUAAUCUCUAUGAGGAGAUGCUGAUUGGCCAGGGCUGUGUUUGACUGCCCCUGAUCUGCCUCCUUGACAGUCUCAAUCAAUCCUAUGGGGAAGCACUGUGAUCGGCUCAGUACCACACUUCUGAUGAUGUCAGUAGACAAGGGCAGAGCCAGCAGCUUCAUGCUUGAAUACAAGUAAGAUUUUACUAUAUUUAUGGAGUUGACGGUGGGGGAGCAGGGGGUCUAGAAGGAGGUUUUAACACUAUAGGGUCAGGAAUGCAUGUUUGUGUUCCUGACCCUAUAGUGAUUCUUUAUGUUAGAGUCCUCAAUAAUUUAGUUACAGUGUCUUUUACUAUAGUUGCAAAAAUCCUGGUUAUUUUGAUAAGGCUAUCUACUGCAUGGUCAGUGCAAAUGUGUUUAUGCUUUUUCUUCUUCUAACACUUAAACUAACAGCUUCUAAUCUAUUUUUGCUAUCUUCAUAUCAACAUAUUCAGAAAUGCUACGCAAUAACUUGCCAAUGCGAUAUCCUUUCCAUAAUUUUAUACUGUCUGAAGUCAUAUUAAAAAAUCACCUUUGAAAACAACAAUAAAUGGUUAAAUUAAAACAAACACAAGUCUUGCUCCCUCUUUAAAAUAUCUUGGAUGCAUAAGGCUUUGGGUGCUAGGGAUUCUUUAUCUUGCUUGCAAACCACUUGUAUUUGUGAACUGUGGACACAGAGUCCUUGCAUCAUAACCACUAAAUUACAUUGUGGAGUUGUACAAUAUUGAAUGAUUAGAUUUCCUUUGAUAUAUUUUUUUCUGCCUGUUCAUUUAAUUCUGAAUUAUAUAAUAUGGAUUGAUAUUUAAAGAAGGUUUGUUGUCAGACUCACAUUUUUGAGUAUUUCAUAAAGAUACAAUCGCCAUGACAUACUCGCAUUCAAUGAAAUUCCAACACAAUAAUAAGAUGUCAUAAGACCAAAUAGGUCUUAUGAUCCUUAAAUGUGGUUAAAAACACAGCGCUGUAAAGACGUUUAAUUGAUCAGCGUAAAGGGGACAAUAAGAGGCCUUUGUACUUUUGUUUAGUAGUCUUUACAUUUUGAUUUACGGUUGUAUGGUAUAGCAGGAUAAGUUCCAUCUUUAAUAAAUAUAAAGUUUAGGACAAAUUUAGGCGUAGAUGAACAGUUGACAAGGACGCUAUUUACAGUCUAGAGUAUGUGGUAUAUACUUCUGUGUCACUUAUAUACAAAGUCUUGAAAAAGGAAGAUUGUCUUUUGUUUUUUCCCUCUUGCUCCUGCUUACAUUCUAAUACUUUCUUUUCCCAAGAACAGCUAGUCAUGCUACUUUAAUAGUUUUCCUAAAAAACCCUCUUCAUGGUGGUUCUAUAGUUAUUCCUUCCUGUGCUAAAACAAUAAUAAUUUACUUAUAGUCCCCUCUUCUUGUAAAGGGGACUCCAGUCCAAAGGCCUGCACUAAAGUCUUUAACAUAGUUGUCAGCUGAUUAAUAGUUGUUAAAGGAUUUAUAGGAAUACGAACAAACAGGCACACAUUAAGGGGAUGGGAUCACCUGCAUUCUGAGAAAUGUUAUGGUCCAAGCAGUAAAAACUGGAAAGAAAUGUGCGAAUGUUUCUCAACCACGGUUGAGUUUUUAAAGUAUACUUGUCAUCAUGGUGAUCUUAGGUUUUGAGCAGAAACUUACACACACACACACGUGUCCAUUGAAUUCCUUAGUCUGUAAGUUAGAGACUCCUUGCUAGAACUCCUUACAGGAAAGCAUUUCUUUCCUCUCUCUUAUGCCUACCAGGAGUUACAGCAGUACUGUAUUUUUGUGCAUGUUUGAGCACAAAAUAUAGAAAGUCCACUCAAGUCAGAUUUUUAGGUGGAUUGUCCAAAAGUCUCCACGUAAAGAGUUGUCAAUAAGCACUGUGCCCACCUCACAAGGUGCUUAUGACAUGGUUAAUUAAUGAAUGUUGAAUAAUGUUGGUGAGAAAUAUUAUAAACAAUUGUGCAAGUUUUCCGUUCCUUUGCCUAUAUCACAGUUAUGUUAGAGGACGUAUUUCCUGUUUAAAGGGGAAACAUCACUUCCCAUGGUUUUUAAUAUUAUUACCUAUCCCCUAGAUUUAACAAAUAUGCAUUUGUGAGGUGUGCAAAUGUAAAAUUUAAAUGUUGAAAUCCACACCUCUUUAUCCUGCUACUUGGUGCCCAUAUCUUGGGUCCCUGACAAUCCUUGUUAUAAGCUCUAUCCUUUGCAACUGGGGGUCCGCAUAAACAACAAAAGACAACGUUUUUAUUUCUCCUAUUUAUUUGCAAUGUUUGCCCUGGCUUUACAUUGCACAGGAUUAUAAUUUCAUAUGCUAAAUCUUUAAAGGAACAUUGGGGAUACUAUAACCAUUUCAUCUCAUUGAACUGAUUAUGCCUGGAGUAUCCCCCCCUGGGUACACAAUCCAGUCACCAUUCAUAAACGGCAUCAGCUGCAUGAAAAUCUGCACAGAAUUGACUUUAGCCAGUAUGGAACUCUUGUUCUGGGCUAGCUAAUGAUGUCCCAAGGACCCUGUUGAAGUUGGAGUUACAGCAGAAUGGUUAAAGUAUGUACAGCAUUUCAUAGCGAAACACUGUGCAUACAUCCUCCAACUUUAAAUCACUGAAGUGGUCAUGGUGUUUGAAGUAUGUAUAACUUUGCAUCACCCUUUGCAUUUUAUUUUAUAAAUAUCUUUAUUUCAGGCAUAGGUUUGAAUGUUAAAAAUGGUUAUCAUAUAGGCAUUGUUUCAUUAUCUAGUUAUUAACGCAGUGUUUGAAUGAUUGAUAAUCUUUCAGAACUGGUCCUUGUAAAGGGUAACAACGUAAUGUUUUGCAUAGGUUUCCUCAUCAAGUCUGAUUUGGUGAAUAUUUCUUCUAAAAUAUGAGUUCACCUAUUAGCAGAAUGUUAUCAGCAUGCAUGCUGUCCAGGUUAGUUAGCAAUAAACCAGUUAUCAGCUUUGUAAUGACCGUUUUGGAUUUCUUGAUAUGACUUAGCUUCUGUUUACACAGUAACAAUCCAGCCUGAAUGCAAUAGUUUGCCCAACAGUUACAGAACUGCUUGUCAUCUAAUUUAGCACAAGAGUACUUCUCCCAUGUGAUUAUUCAAUAAUCUUAACCUCUUAUUAUCUCAUACCUUUUUGCCAGUUAAGAUCCAAAUUGCAAAAAGUGCAUCAUUUUUAAGAACUACGGGUUUGUAAAAUUAGUUUUGCUAAGUCAGUAAACUUGCUUGUAUUCACAGAUCCAUGAUUGCUACAAAGUAUGGUUUGAGAUACUAACCGUACUGGUAUAACUAUUAUAAAAUUCACUUGGCACCAUGUCAAUGUUAACAAGGUAUAAUAGUAUACAUAACACGUAUUGUCCUUCUUCUGCUAAUUGCUACACAAGUGGUUGCCAAAAAUAUUCACACAACAUAGACAUUCCUUAUGACGCUUACUAUUUUUUUUUUUUUUUAACUACAGUAGUGGUUAUAGUGGUGGGAAUGCACUGGUGCCUCCUGCAAUGUAUGUAGUCAAACUUUUUUUUCUAACGGAAUUGCUUCUUAACUGGGGUCCGCUGGGUGCCAGUCCCUGACUACUAACAUUCAAAACUGAGAGCCUUAAGAUCCUGGUGAAAGCUUUCAUUAGCCCUGCGGAGCUAAGUCAUGUGCUGCUUUGCUUAUCUCAGUGAAGAGAGCUUCUGGCUGUGAGGAGGCAGGGAGCGACAUCUGGCAGAUCCCAGCAAAGAAUUCAUACUGUUAGAAAAUGGUUUGACUACUUAGGCUGGGAUUCCUGACACCAUCACCAUUACAGUAUGCUUUAGUAGUUUGAUUCCUUGGAGUGUUCCUUUAAUGGAAGCUGUCAUUAUUAUUAUUAUUAUUUUUUAUUUAUAAUCACUGAAAAUAGUGUUUCAUGCAAUAGAGCACAUUGUGUAUUUUGUAAUGAACACAUAGAAGUACAUAAGUCUAUUCAGUGCAUCUCCUGGCGUAUUCUUGCUCAAUGGGGAUGAUCAUCUUAUCCACUAAGAGAGUGCAGACUUUGAUGGUCUGAAGCUGUUCCAGAGUACAUUUUUAAGAUGCCUGGUGCUUGCAUAGGAUAUCUGGUUUCAUGAAUGCACACUAUGCUUCUGACCAAAGAGUAAUUCAGACGGCCACCUUUUUAUAGAGCAAGAAUAAGCCAUGCAAUGAGGUAUUUACUUAGAUGCAUGCAUAAAACAAAAUACACACAGAAGUAAGAAUGCAAAUUUUAAUUUAAAUAUGUGAUAAAUAUAGAUUAAUUGCAAAAUGUGCAGUACUUUUUAAUAUUUUCUCUGAUAAAAUUGCCUAUUCGAUACAUUUUUCCUACCAGCCGUCUCUUUUCUCCCUCCCCCAAUUUAUUUUAUGUUUUAAUAACUGAAAUAGAACAUUCCCUACUUAUGUUUGCUGUGGAAUGUGACCUGACCCUAGUUAUACUUUUAUACUUUACAAUUGUUAUACUUAUUUUUAAGCUGUCUUGUUAAAAACCCCUUCAGUUUAGUGUCGUCCUACUGUGCUUUAACUCUGCAGGGCAGCAUAGAACGCCUAAUGGAUCGAGAUCUCAUUCCUGGGAUACCAUGUGGCCUCAAAGGCAACAUAGGCCUAGCAAACUGAAAUGGGAAAGCCCUAUACUGACACUAUAACUUUCCAACAUCAUUUAAAACCUUUACAUGGGUGGUACUCUGGAGACUUUGCUGAACACAAAUAUGAGUUUGAAAAGCGUAUCAGUGAAAGUGCAUUUUUCUGUGAAAAAUGCAAAAAAACUAAUAUGAACCCUAACUUUGGUCAGUGGCUACUACAGACUGGACAUACCCCAUUUUAAUACCUUCGGUUGUUUACUCUUCCCAAUAGUAUUUUAUGAUGGUGGUAAUUCUCAUUCCUGGGCUGCUAUAUGGUCUCCAUGGCAACAUAACCAAUCUGGCAAUUUCAAUGUGUGAAAACUGAAAAGGGGAAAGUCCUGUAUUUUUUUUAUAAUUCUUUAUUUUUGUAAUGCAUUUGCAUAACAAUAUGAUUUUUGUUUGUUUUUGUCGUUAUAAGGCAUUGUAAACAGGCAAUUUAAAGUAUUAUUUUGACAGAUUACAUGCGUUAAUUUCUUUGUUUAGGUAAUAAGCAAUCUUUUCCCUUUGCUGAAAGUCCUGUAUUUAACCCUGUAACUUUUGAAAACCCGAUAAAACCUGUAUAUGGGGUGUACUUUUGUACUCGUGAGACAUUGCUGAACACAAAUGUAUAUUUUAUUGCAGUAAAAGCGAACAUUAUCAUUACAUUUUCAAUUUAAAAUGCCAUGCAAAACAUUUCAUUAUUUCUCAAACUUUUUUUUAUUUUUUUUUAUUUUAUGCAUAUUAAAUUAUGUUUCAUGUAUAAAUAUUUGAUGCAAAAUUAAAGCCCUUUUUCUUCUGAACAAAAUUGGAUGCAAGAAGUGUGGGUGCACUUAAUAUGAAAGAGGUAAAUUAUGGUUGAAAAGACACAUAGCUUAAAUUACAGGUUUUGUUUUGAUCAAAACUUGCACAAUUGCCUCUGUCAUUAAGGGGGUAAAGUAAACAAGUGGAAGAUAUUAAUGACCAGAAAAUAUCCAACUAUAUAGUUCUAAAAUAGUAUUUGUUUGGCAGCUAGCCGUAAAGAGCAUUCAAAUUGUGAUGGUAGCAAAUCAUUUCUUUCUAGCAAACGUACUCAGUCAGACCCUCCCUUGUUAAUCAGUAUGUUUGAGCUCUGAUUGAUGGUGUAAUGUUCCUUACGGGAAAAUGGUCUGAUUAAUAGAAGACGUAAACUGUCUCACUGUUCUGGGUUACUUCUAGUCUUCCAGAUAUUAUUAAACCGGAAUUUUCCAUUUCACUAUAUCAAUAUGCAAUUUGUCCGUAUUAGAACCUCAUUCACUGACUGAGGACAUAUACGUCAAUGGACACGCUCAAACAUCAAACAAGAAAUAGGGAAGUGCUCUAAGUUAGGUCAGCAGGCACAUGGAGAAACUAUUCUUACAAUGAUAAUGGUGAAAAACACUUGGCAUAGUAUGCGUCUUUCUGCGCACAACAGGGACACGUAUGACAAAUACAUAUAGCAAUAUACCUACUGUCAGGUCUGCGUGUGCAUGAGCUGUGGCAUCAUGUACUGCAGUACAAUAACCACAAGAAGGAAGAAUUGUUUGAGGUGGCACAGAGAAAGCAGAGGUAACAUUUUUAUUUUAUUUUUUCAAAUCUAUACAACAUUUAUGAUAUGAAACUAAAGUUAAUUAUUUAAGUCAAAACAUAUAAAACGCAUAAAUGUUGUUUCUCAGAGAGUUUCUCUAAUAGAUUUACAGCCUGGGGUGCCAUUUUUUUUUUAAAUCCUUUCUUAUGCUGACUUUGGAUAUUUUGUAUCAACUCUUAAUCCAUGUGAUAAAGUGUUAGCUGCUGACUAAGACAGUGUUUACACAACACUGCUUGUCCUGUGAUCUCAUUGACAGCAUCUCAUUGAGGUCAGGUAUGGAGAGUAUAACCCCUUCACUACCAUGUAUGCUUAAUAAAAUGGGGAAAAUAUGGUGUAGCAUGAGAUGUACAUUUUUUAAAAAUAUUUGGGGGCAUAUUAAAUUACAUUACCUUAAAAUAUCAUCAGUAUUAUAGUGUCAGAUUUACUUGUAACCAAACCAUGCAGUGAGUCACCCUGGGUUUCUACUUACCCAGAGACAAUGGAACAUUGUGAUGAAAGGUUUUGUUUCUAUCUCCAAAGGAGUCAAUGGGCAAAAGAUAAGGUUAAUUAAUGCAACAUUGGCAAGCGCACACAUAAAUGGUUAAUACUUGUAGACCCGGUGAAACAGGAAUUGGUAUUUUAAAGGUUAAUCCUUGCUGACCUCUAAAGGUUUAAGUCUGGUUGAAAACUUUUGUGCACAAUAAAAGGGUAACAUUGUCUGUCAAAGUGUAUUUUACUCUGGUUCCUAAAAUUUGGGCUGGAAAGCCUGAAACAUAAAUAAGUACAACUAGUUUUACUGUUCAAAAUGCAUGACACCAUGUCAUGGUUUUGUAACUGGGAAAUCCUGGUCAGUGUGAGUGCAGAUUACCUGCAGGCCUUCUGGCACACACUAUUACCCUUCUCAGAGCUGGGGCUGUACAGCAAAAUUACAAAUGCUCAUUGAUUCUUGUCCUUUGCAGAGUAGGUACAGUAUCUCACAAAAGCGUGUACACAUCUAUGUAAAUAUUUUAUUAUAUCUUUUCAUGUGACACUGAAGAAAUGACACUCUGCUACAAUGUAAAGUAGUAAGUGUACAGCCUGUAUAACAGUGUAAAUUUGCUGUCCCCUCAAAAAAACUCAACACACAGCCAUUAAUGUCUAUAAACUGUUGGCAACAAAAGUGAAUACAACCCUAAGUGGAAAAGUCCAAAUUGGGCCCAAAGGGUCAAUAUUUUGUGUGGCCACCAUUAUUUUCAAGCACUGUCUUAACCACUGCCACUGGAGUCUUCUUCCACUCCUCCAUGUCAUCACAAAGUAUGUGAAUGUUAGAGACCUUGUGCUCCCCCACCUUCCCUUUGAGGAUGCCCUGCAUAUGCUCAAUAGGGUUUAGGUUUGGAGACAUGCUUGGCAAGUCCAUCACCUUUACCUUCAGCUUCUUUUGCAAGGCAGUGGUCGUCUUGGAGUUGUGUUUGGGGUCGUUAUGUCGGAAUACUGCCUUGCGGCCCAGUCUCCGAAGGGAGGGGAUCAUGCUCUGCUUUAGUAUGUCACAGUAGAUGUUGGUAUUCAUGGUUCCCCCAAUGAACUGUAGCUCCCCAGUGCUGGCAACAUUCAUGCAGGCCCAGACCAUGACACUCACACCACCAUGCUUGACUGUAGGCAAGACUACACGCUUGUCUUUGUUCUCCUCACCUGGUUGCUGCCACACACGCUUGACACCAUCUAAUCCAAAUAAGUUUAUCUUCGUCUCAUUGGACCACAGAACAUGGUUCCAGUAAUCCAUGUCCUUAGUCUGCUUGUCUUUAACAAACUGUUUGUGGGCUUUCUUGUGCAUCAUCUUUAGAAGAGGCUUCCUUCUGGGACGACAGCCAUGCAGGCCAAUUAGAUGCAGUGUGCGGCGUAUGGUCUGAGAAUUGACAGGCGGACCCAAUACCCCUUCAACCAAGACAACCUAUGGAUAUGACGCUGAGCACAUGCACUCAACUUCUUUGGUCGACCGCGGUGAGGCCUGUUCUGAGUGGAACCUGUCCUGUGAAACUGCUGUAUGGUCUUGCCCACCGUGCUGCACCUCAGUUUCAGGGUCUUGGCAAUCUUCUUAUAGCCUAGGCCAUCUUUAUAUAGAGCAACAAUUCUUUUUUUUCAGAUCCUCAGAGAGUUCUUUGCCAUGUUGAACUUCCAGUGACCAGUAUGAGGGAAUGUAAGAGUGAAAACCCCAAAUUUAACACACCUUCUCUCCCUGUUCACACCUGAGACAUUGUAGUCACAUGACACCAGGGAGGGAAAAUAUUGCUUGGGUGCUGCGGUAGCUGCAUGAGGUUGCAGGUGGCAUUAAGGAGGGAUGGAGGCAAUAGGAAGUUCUGUUCUGGAUCCAAAGUUGGGACCAGGCACCCUGAUUCUGUCACUCUACUCUGUAAAGGAUACUGCGGAGCUUGUGAAAUUGAAAACUAAAAUAACAUUUAUUGCACUUCCAUCCCUCGAACAAAUUAUUGAAAUUGCCGUAUACAUGCUGGUAUAUGAUGGCAAGUAAAGCAUCAAAGGUUGGCAGUGCUCAAGCCCUGCACUCUGUUAUUUGUUUUAACUGCUUUCACAGACCAGACACAGAAUGUCAUUUCUCUGUGAUAAUGAAAUGGUUAUAGAUAAGUAACCCUAAAUCUGAGGUUUUGUUAAUGUAAUAUGCACACUGGGAAAGACAAAAGAUUGUAAAAAUCUGCAUGUGGCUGUCUGAUAGUGCUGUCCCUUUUUAAUUCAAUUUAGUAUAAAUAUAUUUGCUGUACACAAUAAAUCUUUUUAACAUGGGUCUUCUAUCUGUAGUAAACACUAUAUCAUGGCUCUGUAUGAGAUCAGUUCAGCUAGCUUUUCCCUCUUUUGUGGUUUUGAAAUUCAUUAGCAGUCCUAAGAGGUGUGGGGGAGGGCCUGCUGGAACAAGAAGCUGUGCAGUAACCUGCUCUUCUAGAAUGGAUAAACAUACAUUGGUAUUUGCUUUGUGCAAGACUCUGGAGCCAGUUCCUGCCGUUUUAUAUCUAUAUGCACUCUAUAGGCAAAUCUUAUUUUGUAGGUUGGAUUCUAUUAACGAAUAAAUUCAUUCCUGACAAUUGAUCUCUUACUUUCCAAUACUGCAAUGGAAAUGUUGAUUGAUAAAAUGUGUCCCAGGUGAUAGAACUGAAACCCUGCAAAAUAUAUAUAUAUAUAUUUUUUUUAAAGUGGCAUUUAUUGUUCUGUAACUUGGAUAGGCAAAAGGAUAGAUCCCAAUCAGUUCUAGAACUACAUUUCCCAUGAUCCUUUACUAGAAAGGAUUUAUAAACGCUGAAGUCCAACUUUUUAUCCACCUUUGUUUCAAUAUUGUGUUUGAGUAAAUCUUUAAGUUGAAGUCCUUUUCAACCGUUGAAAUUAAAACAUGGUAGAUUUACUAAUUAAACUGUUACUAGAUGUACAUUCAUUCAUUAAUCCCCAACAAUUUUUCUUUUCUUUCUUUUUUUUUAUUUUACACAUUUAUUUUCAUCCCUGUCAAUCACUGAAGAAGAUGGACUUUUGACUCUAAAACCAAUGCUUUUUAGUUGAAACUAUAUUGCUAAAACUUUACCUUUCUGUUCUAAAUGAUCUUCAUUAUUGCUUGUGUAGGUAUUCUUUUACACCUAAUUUCAUUUAUUCUCAGAUCAUGCUUGGCUCUAACGUGUGCACCAAACUUUAGUGUUUGUUUUAAUCACAGUUGGAGUGCAACAUUCACAAAGCAACGACCAUUGUUUUCAUUACAAUUGCUUGGUUUUUCUAUGGGAUUUUGACUGUUUUUAGAAAUGUGUUUCUGAAUAUCUGCCCUGUAUUCUAGUUAUGUGAUUUAAAUGUCCUCUCUGGUACGCAGUUAAAGGUAUAUACAACAUGAUUUUCAAGACCCAUGGGAUCGUCUACAGACCCAAGUCUUUCGAUAUUUGAUAGGUUGUUGUCUGACUCACACAGCUGUCACUAGUAGGAACUGAAAAACCUGACGGAAGCCCUACCUUGUCAGCUUCAAACUAUGCCUUAAGAAAAGUAGUCCCCACUUUGUAGAAGAUAUAAUCAUUAGAAAAUAUGAAUGUAACUGGUGCUCUUUUACCAGUGGCGGAACAUGAGGCCGCAUUAGGGCGUACUGGCUCUUGGGGGCACAAGAAUCGGGUUACCGGCAGGAAGGAAGCACACAGCGCUCCGCCUACCAGUCACUCUGUGUCGUGUGGUGGAUCAGAGCGUACUGCAGAACCUGCAGUUUCUAGUACCCGGACAACAGGAAGUGCUCACUGAGAGGAAAUAUCUGACUGGCAUGUAUAUUUUGUGCAUUUACCACUUAAUAAAAAAUAAAAAAAUUGCAAAAAUAAAUAAAUAAUAAACAUGUUCAGUUAACAGCAGAUUUGUGUAGGAAUUGUUUCUUUUUUCCAAAUGAUAACUUACUGAUACUCUGUACAUUUAUCGCUAUCGGCUUAAAAGUUCAUAGAUUAUCAGUAUCGGUUGAUCCCUAAUCUAUAUCAUUAUUAUAGAUGUUGAAUGGCUGUUAUCAUUGUUGCUGUCAUAUUAUUUUUAUUUGCUGGCUGAGUCCAUGUUUCGCUAUGAUUGGACUGUGCUGCAAUUUACUGUGUGAUUUUCUCAUUAGUGCCAAAAUUUGUUGCUGUUUACCUUUCUAACGUUGUUAAUUUUUUUUGUGCCAAGUCCUAGUAAGUUUUAGUCUUCUGAGACAAAACACAAUGACAAUGCGAGUGGGUCUUUUUGAUUAGUUUAAUUAUAAUUGUAUUAAAUUACAUGCUUCGUCUGGUUUUACAGUGAUUGCUUAUAUUUUAUGGUCUGUUGUUUUCAUUUGCAUUAUUUAGAUACUAAGUUGAUAAGUAAAAUUACAUUUACAACCAUAUUAUCAUAAUGCUAUCCUUUAUUUAACAUGUUUUAACAGCAUGCAACACAGUUUUAUUUGUCUAAGGGACAAACCAGCCAUUUCCAUGUUGUGUGACAGAUGUAAACAAUGCUGUUUGUAAGAAAUGUCAAUUUCUUAAUUUGUUAGUCAGAAUGUAUCUAGUCAGCCACUAGUCACUUCCUCAUGAUGACUUUAAAUAGUUGAAUGCGAUUCAUUCUUUCUAUGUGAGACGCAUUGGACCAGUGAUCAGAAGUGGAGAAGCAGCUGACCGUGGAGAUUUCCUAUUUUUUGAUAAAAGCAACAUUUUCAUUAAAAAAAAAAAAUUUUAAUUUUUUUUUACAAGGCAGAGAGCAUAAACUAAAUCUCAGGAAUAACAUUAAAUUGUAAAAAUCCCAUUAAAUGUAUUCAUUUUCAAACACCUAACUGAUUAUUUUUUAUAGAAAAAAAGUGCAACAUUUUUAAAUACAUCAACUCUAUUUCCUUAGUCUUGACCUUUUCUCAUAUAAUUAACAUGAGCAUGGCUUCUCACUAUUCAGUUAUAACUUAAUGGUUCUUGUUUUAAUUGAAUCUAAACAUUCUUGUAUGUGAGAGAUUAUUUAUUUUAUGCUUAGCUAUGAUACAUGAUUUAAUACUAAGUUUAUAGAUUGAUUUGGCAAAAAGCCGGUUCAAGUUGGUUGUGUUUUUGUGUGUGUAUGUGUACAUAGGGCAAACUCCGGGCAUACUCCAGGGUGAUCUGGGUUCAGUGGCAGUGAUAAAGACCGUACUGUUGUUUGCUACAGUAAAUAAGAAGUGUGUGAUCAUGCUGUCACAGUCUGUGUGUUGCCUUAUGAGCUGUGCCUGCAAGCAACCUCCCAGACACUCAGCCCCAUCCCCCUCCCUCCUAUUUCCUUUCUAUAUUUAUAUUUCUAGGUAUUAAAUCGAUUAAAGCAAUUAUUAAAUCAAAACAAAAUUUGACUUUUCUGAUCCUGCUUUAUAUUUUUGUUUGUGUGUCCUUUUCCUCACCAUCCCAGUUUCUCUAUACACGUUUAAUAUUUUUAGUCGUGCCAUACGUUUGGAAGUUAAGAAGAUAACAAAAUAAUUGUUUUUGCUCUCUAGAUAGCAGAAUUUUAAACAUCCCAACAUGUUUUACAUUCAUAAUCUAAUAAUUUGCUGACUAGAGUUAUAUACAAAUAAUAUAGAUAAACUUUUGACUAUGAUCGUUUCCCAAGGCAUCUUUCUGUUGGAUAUUAUAUUAUAGAAUACCUGAGUGUUGAUACAAAGGGGCUAAAUAAUGGCUUUUGUCAAAUAAUGCUGUUUUCGGCAAAGAGACACUCCCCCAAGUGAGGCCACUACUUUGCAUAGCUCUUACAUGUGACAGUUAUGUUUGGUACGUUUUAGAGACUGCCAGUAGGAGCUACAGUGCAGGCUGUGACUGUAUGUGAUGGAAUGGAAAAGACUGGCACCAAACUUCAUAUUAAAGAAUGGCAAUGUGAUUGAAAUCCUACUUUGUGUUGGACAGGGAAGGUGAAAAGGAUAUUCCUGCAGACAGAGACCUCUUCAUUAUGAGAUGAAUAUUCAAUGAAUGUGCAGCAAAUAAUUACAAACCUAUUAACCACUGGUUGAUUCGCCCACUUUCCUUUUGUGCAGUUUUAUCAUUCGUAUAAAAAUGUAGUUGGUAGUCUUAUUAAAGAGGGUUUUUUUAUUUUUUUUUUAUCAUCUAUAGCAUCACAUAGUUACCGGUAUUUAGUAUUCUUUGAUUCACUUUUUUCAGCUAUUACUAUUUAUAGAUUAACUGUCAGCUAACCUGGGCACUUUGAUUUUCAUUUAAGUUUUUUUUUAGUUUUUUUUUAAAGGAACUAGAGCUGCAACAAUCAAUUAAUAAUGAUCAAUUAUGAAAAUUCCUAAAGAAACUCCUUAUUGAUUAGUUUGUCUGUGCACAGCACAAGGCACAUCUACUCAUUGCAUUGCUUCUGUUGUGAAAAAAUAUAUUUAUUACAAUUGAACUUUGAAAAAGCCCUCAGAAAAGGAUGAAAUGUGUUGUGCCAUUUCAAUAUCUAGUUUAGUUAGAGUAUACAGCUUAGAAUGUGUAAAUGAUCAGCGGCUGUUUUACACAGAUAAAGGUGCUGGAACAUUUAAUGCAAUUUCUACUUGGACGUGGAGGAUGCUUAAGAAAGGCAUCUGAAGGUUUUUUUUUUUUCAGCUUGCUCCUGACUUUUGUGGAUUAGAUCAUUUGGAUUGUUUAUAUUAAAUCUGGUAAUUUCGGUCUAUGCUGUGCAUAAUAUAGUGCUGAACAUAGUUACACAAAGCCCCAGAUUGAUAGGAAUUGAUGUGAAUCAUCUGAUUGCAACAUUAUUAGCUGAUUAUAUGUACUGUGGGAUUUUGAGUUGGAGAUUGAUCCACAUAUUACCACUGUUGCUUACCCUCUAUUAAUUCAGGAAUUUCCCACAUGGACCAUUUGCAAGCUAGGUGAAUGCUCAGACAGGCCAGUGCUGUGGUUUUGUAUAGAAGGCAGAGGAUUGGAUAAAUUCUUUCACAUCCUUGUGAGGGUGUUUCACAUUAACUGCAAAGUCUGCAGUAGGGUCCUUUCCAGCCCCACCAGCUGCUGCUUCUACUGCAUGUACCUCUUUCUGCUGGGGUCCAGCUCUGGCUCCUUUGAAUGGAGAUAGGCACGGGCCACUUUAACAUGUUUCAGUUUCCGUGGCUGGUCCAAAGCUUUGACAACAAGAAAUAAAGCUGCAGAAGAAUUAUCGGAGUGGCGGUACUUGGUAAGAGACUGUCACAUGAAUACCACAGCAGUGUGUAUGGUCCUAUGAGAUGCAUUGAGCCUCUGGCCAAUGUAUUGAAUAAGGCUCUCUGUCUCCUAAUCAUAGAAGAGGUCCUUGUCGACUUUUAAGUUAAACCUCCUAGAUUAUCAAAUUGCUAUUGGCUAAAGUGAUCCUCACUCUGCUUUCACUCCUUUUCCUACAACCAGUGCAUCAUGACUUGAUAAAGGGCUGCAUUCAGGCCUAAAUAUUCUUUCCCUAUGCACUGAAAAUAAAGGAUUGCUGCUUGCAAAAAUGGUGUGCUGAACUAUUGCUUCUUUGAUUUGUGCCAUAUAUGGGAAUACGGAUCCUAAGGUUACCUGCACUCUUCCAAAAUGUAUAUUCAUUAGGAGUGCUCAUCAUUAUAUACUACAUUAUAGACGUGAUGUCAUAGACACAAGAGACAGCUGUUAGGGGAAACUUCAUAGUGUUCCAUCUCCGGAAACAACAGUUCAUGAAUGAUUUAAAUAACCUAACUGAUUUAUAAAGGAGUACAAUAAAAACCAUGUCUGUUACUGCUUUUUGUCCCAGUAUUGACUCUGUCAGUAAUGUGUUCUUGCUUUUAUUUUUCUUAAGUAAUAUUGUGCAGCUUUGUUUUUUCCAUCACAGUGAACCUGUGGCUAUCAAAAUGAUUUGUAAAUUAUAUAUCCGGUUGUCCAUCCACCAUUUGGAUUAUAAUGCCUUAAAUACAUAGCAGUAAAAUAGUGGGAUAUAGAAAAAAUCUAGUUUGUCUGUUUUGGCCUUACAUUUUAAAUUCCAGGCUAUUCUCAUGUUGGUGAAUAACCCCGAUUGUAAUGCUUUAAUGGAACACUCCAGACACCUAAACCCCUCCAUUGAUAAAGUGUUAUGUCUUUUCCUGUUCCUGCAGGAGUUGUAUAAAAUUCCCUUGUCACACCUUUCAAUUUAUCAAACAUCUGGGAGGAUUUCCAGCAACAUUCCUUUUGAAUUCUAGUUGAAAGUAGAAGUGAGGAGCCUGCGCUGAUAUCAGCACUUGAAAUUCAUACACUUCUCAAAGUACUUGGGAAAUUCUGCAUGUACUGUAGAUGUGGUGCAGUGCUGGCAGACCCCAUGUAAUAAAAAGAUUUUACUAUUAGCCUAAAAUGGUAUGACCACUUAUAGUGGGGGUGCACCAUAAUCACAACAGAGUGCUACAGUGGUUGUGAUCCUUAGAGUGUUCCUUUUAACUUUGGCAAUUUUUACCUUUUGGAGGAUAAAAAAAAAAUAUCUUCUCCUAGAAAAAGAUGCUAAAACAUACAGGGCUUUCCUUCUACAUUGACAUAGACCACUAUUGUGUAACACAGUUUAAAGCCAAUUAGUUUUAUUUUGAAGUACAGCAUGUGUAUUGACAUUUGUUUUAUUUUAAAGGUUAUAUCAGACUGUACUUUGGGUGAUAGAGCCAUGUAUCUGUUACCAUAGAAACAGAUUGGUGACUGUAAAGCUGCAUAUUGGCUAGUGGGGCAUUUCUGAGGAUAAUUGAUUUGUGUUGAGGAAUAGGAAUCCUGUAGUCUUCUUUUGUUUCUGCAGUCCCCAUGCUGUUUGACCUCUGUAAUCCUUACCAUUAUGCACUUUACAUCUUUCAGCCUGGCUUGUGGACGAAGAUGCAAGCUGCCAAAUUCAGAGGGUCCCUCUCUUUUACUCCAUAAGUAAUCUUUUAUGGGUUAUUAAGGUAUUUGCAAAUAUUUUAAGGAUUGUUUCAUAUCCACUUUCUACAAAUGGGAAGUAUUCCACGUAUAAUAUUUUAUUUAUGAUUUAGAUAAUGGCUACGAUAACCGAUAAAUAGUUUAGUUCAUUUGUGGUAAAAACAUUUUUUUACUAUUAAUUUUAAUUUUUUAUUUUUUUUUACAUCUGCAUUAAGCAGAAAUGUUCAUAUUUUUUUUGCUCACAUUUUACACAUACACAAACUCAAUACUUAUAUUUAUUAAGUUUUAAUAUAAAUAUUUCAGUGUAUUUUGUGAGGUUGCAUAUUAUGGGGUAGAAUAAUUACCUAGUAAUUCUAUGCUUGUGACCAUAAUUUGCUCUCAUAUAAAAUGAAGAAUGGUGGGGGGUGGAACAUUUUGUCUGUCAAAUCAAUAAAAAAAAACAAACAAAAAAAAAAAAACACCUUUUUUUAUUAGCUGCAAAAGAGAGAAAAAAGUGUAUAUUUUCAAAUAAAAGACAGUCCACCAGGGCUGCCUUAUAUCAAUUUUGUCCAUAUUGUUUGUGUAGUGUGCAUACACCUCAUGCACAACAUGGAAGGCGGUCUUUCUUCAAUUGAAAGCACCAAGCCAUAGACUGUGUAUAAACGGAUGGCAGCCUAUCUACGUUUUGAAUUCUAAAGCAAUGUAUAAAUUGAAAGCCAACUGAUAGCACUUAAGGGAUUUAGGGAUUGUCCAGGCUAAAAUUGGCCCAUAUUUUAAUGCAUCAUACAGACUGUGCAAUAAAAUAUAAAAUAAUUUAAAUUAACACAAUAAAAAGACCCAUUCUUUUGCCAUUUGGUUUUAAUUCACUAAAAUCUGUAGUUUAGCCUUUCUUGGGAAUUCUCAGUUUUGAUACAUUAUCUAUAGAUAAGAACUCCAAAUACUUAAUAGGCAUGUAAUUUCACAGUAAAAAUAAUGUAAUAAAGGUAACAAAAACUAUUUAGUUCCCCCACCCCCAAGUUAACAUAUGGCAAAAUAUAGUGUAAGUAAUGUGAGAACAACAAUUGGUUUUCGGGCAGCAUAUUGAUAUCCAGGGACCAGACACACACAUAUGAAUGUAAUCGCAAAUUUCGAGUUAACCAGCAUAACUAUCAUUCAGCAGUCCUUUCAGAGAAAAGAGUGCUUGGCUACCAGGAUCUCAUGGACCAUUUAUCGGUAAUGCAAAUCUGUGUAUGUCCAUAGCAGACUGGGAGUCAGGGCUCUGACUCGGUGAGAGAACCUAGACUUAAAGAUGCAUGCAGUAAAUAUGCAUUAAAACUAAGUGUGUUCCUGGUAUUUGGGGGCCGCAUUAAGUUACUGGUAUAAGGGUUAUGUAGAAUGGCCUGUUGUUGUAAAGAUUACUCCAAGCUGAGAAGUUGGCGUGCGGGGCAUUCCCUUUGGUGGGGGUGACUGCUCAUAUGUUAUAAGAAAAGGGAGGAGGGAGGGAAAGAAGUAGAGCAUGCAGAGAAGAGGAGCGGGUAAAAGCUUAGCUUCCCCUGUUGCCCGUCGAGAGAAAUAGCAGCCAUGGUGCCCCUGUAGUGUUGCAGUCAAGGAUUCCAUGUUGUAGAUCUCGUCUAUUCUGUCCACCCAUUGCCGGAAGGUGGGCACACCCUUCUGCUUCCACAGUGUGUGUAUUCAAGACUUUGCGGCUUUCAGGAGAUGUUUUGUGAGUGAUUUUUUUUCUUUCUUUUUUUUUUUUUAAUGUUUUUAAUGACACAUCUGUAUGGUGUAGUAGCAUAGUGAGGGGUUGGAAUGGUAGGUUGAUAUCUGUGAUCUGCCAAAUCUUCCUGUUUACCAUCUUCCAGAAAGGGGCUAUGUCAGGGCAGUUCCACCAUAUGUGUAGAGUUGGACCAAUGUGGGCAGUACCCGUGACAGCCUCAAUGCCAUGGUUUUGGCAAAAAGUUUAAGAUCCACAUUUAAUAUCUAGAUUGGCCGAUAAUACCCUCAGCUGGAGGGAUCUUUCCCUUCCUUUGGUAUAACCGUGACCACCACGCGAAGUGAAUCCACCGGGAAUUGGCCUCCAGUCAGGAUGUAGUUCAGAUCCCGUAACAAGUGCGGGAGCAGAAUGUCUCGGAAUGUACAUAUGAGACCAGGGGGCUGCCCGGGGCCUUGUUGGUCUUGGCAAGUUUGAGGGCUUUUCUAUAGUCAAGGGCUGUUCCAUUUCUUCCGUCAUCUCCGCCGUGAGUGUGUGGGUGACAUGGCACGAUAGGAAUUCAGAUAUUCUAUAUGGGCGUUGAGGUGCUCCCUGCUACCUGCGGCUAUCAGUAUCUAAACGUACCGAGAGGCAACGAGGAGCCUAGGUCGUUUAAGAGUGAUGUGUGCGUACGGCCCAGCCAGGGUUCUCACUACAUCCUCACUCUGACUAAAAAUACAGAGGGGUCUGUUAUGUGGGGACAAGGAAACCUGGUGUGUCUGGUUCAUAGGAUGUCCAGCAUGCCUAUGCUGCUGUCCAGCUCACAGGGAAAGAGUUGUCUCCUAUGCACGAAACUGAAAAGUUAACUAAAACGGUGCAGAAACCAAUCAGGGGUUAAAACGUUGCAUAACUGGACUGGGCCGAUCCGGUCCACCCAUCAGUGUGUGUGUGGUCGUGCUCCUGCUCGGUGAGCGUCCUGGGUCUGCUGCUGUCAUUCCCCCCCUCUGUCUACGGAGGUGGGGGCAUGUGGUCCGCUGUCUGGGUGUUGUUUGGCCGUUGUACCCCGGGGCAGUCACCUCGUCACCCCAGGACCCAGUGGCUGUUUUUUUUAAUUUUUUUAAUGAUUUUUGUUUUGUGUUCUGUUCAGGAUGUCAUUCACUGUGUGUGUGUUCUUUUAUAUUUUUGUUUUUUAGAUCUGCUGUUUUUUAGCAAGAGAAAACAUGCUAUCAGCUGAUUUAUAAAUUAUAUUUAGUUGUCCAUCCAUAAGUUUGAAUUACUACUUAAAUACAUCCUCCAUUUAUCAGACACAGUUGUGCGAUGUUAUCAUCUGCAAAAUGGUAGUAUUAGAUUUUUUAAAAAGUUUUAUUACUAAAUACAUGACACCUUUACUACAUGCACCCACUUUAAAUGUGAAUGAAAAUGUAUGUAGGGAAUUAUCACUGGGGACAUAAUAGCUCAAAAGUCAAUUAAAAAAACAGCUGCUUUUAGGAUGACACCAUUUUUCAAAAGGAGAGUUGAGUCUUGCCCACAUGGAUACAAAGUAUUCCCAUAUUUAAAAGUUGUUAGGAUUUUUUCUGCGAUUAGAAAUGGUAGUAGGGAUGCUUGGUUCAGCUUGUAUAAAAUGAGAACGUGACCCAAUUUCUUAUAAUUACUCAUCUAGCCUCCUUUAAUGCUCAUAAUUGACAAUGGAGUAAGCAAACUCUGCGUUACCACCACAUUUUAGGGCUGUGAAAAUGGAAAAAAAUAUAUAUAAUCUCUUGGAUAACUUCAACUUGCGGCAACUGCUUAGAGUUAUGGGCAUUGACCAUAUGUUUCACUAAACACCAUGCCUGUGAAUAUAUUCAAAAAGAAAAACAAAGACUGCUGAUCUUGAAAAACUCUAUAGUUACAAACUUUUGCCUCUGUUUAUUGAUGAAGAUCUAUUUUCUGAAAGUUUUGAGUUUAGUAAAUAGCCCUGAUUGUUUUACCCUAUGUUCCCUUAAUAGUGUGUGGGUUACUGUAUGUAAUGUUUUAUGGGGGGUGUGGGAGGAGGGGUUGGCAAUGUGUGGGUGUGGCUUAUAUGCCAGCUGUGUUUAGUGUGUAAAGUGGUUGUGUGCUUUGUUUUGCACCCCCCCUUCAUAGAUUUUUGAACGGACUGGUUUUUUGACCCUGGCAGUCUAGCAAGGGUUAAAGGGACACUAUAGGCAUUGUAACAGAUUCAUCUCAUUUAAGGGGGAUUAUCGUGUCUGGAGUCCCCUGGCCCUGUCCUCCAAUUCGGUAUUAAUGCUAAACAAUGGUCCAUAACAUCCCAUUCCAUCAGUCCUGUUUGGGCUAAUAAGGAAGCAUUAUCCUGAGCAGCUUUGGGCUACUGACCGUGUCAGCUGACCGCAUUCGCCUUAUUACAGUGUGUUGGUAUGGCCACAAAGAAGCAUGUAUUUUUUUUCCCUUAGCCAUACCUCCAGUAGGGAUUGGGCUAUAGGAAGCAAUGUGUCCUAAAUCAGUACAGUACCAGGGGACUUCAGGAAGUAUAACCAAUUCAGUGAAAUUGAAUGGCUUAUAGUGCCAACAGUGUCUCUUUAAAGUCCCUGGUGGGGGUGAGGCGGGGUGUGUGGUCUGCACCUCAGUCAGGUACAGACCACAGAGAUUGAUUCCUUGUGGUCCUGGUGCUCUAUUCCCUUACUGAAUGCAGGACAGUGAGGGAGCAUUUGCUGUGGUCGGCACCUGUCAGAGGUGCAGACCACAAACUCUGUGUUCGAAACUAACUCCCUGCCACCAGGACACAACAGGGUUAAAAAUAGGGGAAAGUACCUGUUCAGCACCUGAAAAUACAUAUCCCAUUUUCAAGUGGUAGCAAUUCUGCUUCCUUGACAUCGAUGUAAAAAUACACAUAUCAAAAUAAAAGGUGUGGCUUAAUGAGUCAUUUUCAGUAAAAUGAAGUAUUUUAGGUUUUACAGAACAUGCACCUGGAAUACCCUCCUUUGGAAGCAUUCAUACAAGAACUUUCUGACUGUUUACAUAUUUAAGCAUUUGACCAUUCCAGGCUGCUACACAGCAGAAUUAGGAAAUAAAGCUGUGACUAUUCAAAUUUAUACCAAACAUGAUUAACAAGACAUGAUCUUGGCAUUAUGAUUGGACUGCAAAAGACUGGAUAAAUGCUUGAUAUUUAUUUCUUUUUACACUUUUUUGUUUUUAAUUUUUGUUGUCUAAUAAAUAUUGUAUUAUAGCACCUUUGGCAGUUUUUUCUGUUCCAUAUUGGGGAGUGUCCUCCCCAAAAUUGAGACUAGGCAUUUCCACCUUAGAGCCAAGGCAUAUAUGGGCUCUUAAUAAGGGGAGUCUUUUUUUUAUUAUUGUUUUUAUAGUGUUUUGGGUCCUUGAUCCAUAUAAACAUACUGCACCAUAAUCUCUUUAACUGUUUGUUUGCCUUGAGAGCGAUACUAGUCCAAAAAGGUGGGGUGCUGCCUACAAUAGCACAUCUGCACUAUAAUAGAGCCUUAUCCUCAGGCUCUAAAUAUUGUUAGUGUAUCUACUUACUUCAUUUGCAUAUCUCCACUUUUGAUAGUACCAUCUGCACUAGUUUUGUUUUAAAAAAAAUUCUCUUUUCAUGUCACCCUGCAUCAAGAUCUGUAUAUUCAUUUAGUAAGGGGUAAGCGAUUAUACGAUCGUCUAGCGCUCCACUCACUGAUUACAAGAUCGUAUCUUGUUAAUAAGUUUUGUUGUAUUUUUAGGGUGAGGAAAUGAAGGUAUCCCCUCACGGGGUGUGUAAGAGCAGCUAAUUACCAAGUUUACUUUGAAGUGCUUUUCUUUGCAUACGGUUUGGCUUUUUACCAGAGUCCACUGGCGGUGCAGGACUUCUCAUCUGUUGAGAGCGUUGCACUGUCGUGGUAAAAAAGGCUCCAGGAGAGAAGCUAAUGGCUCUCCCUGAGUUCUACUUGAGGAGAGCAGCAGUGCCAUUGUUGAUUUACUUAUUGGGGCUACUUUUUAUUUUUCUGUUAUUGUAUACUACCUCUUAUCUGCCUUCUGAUAUUUCUUAAGACGGCACAGUGAGCUGUCCAGUCGAACACAUUUAUAUUUAGUUAGGGUAGAUAGUUCUAGUAUAUUGAUGUUUACAAGGUUUAUAUACCGGUCGGCGGUGUCUGUUUCUAGGAUGGUGCCCUUUUGAGGCUAUCCAUUUUAGUUAGAUGCAGCCAAAAGGACAGUCCACCACCUAGUUUUCCCUGUGUGGGUUUCUGUUUUGUGAGAUAGUGAUGGUAUAUUUAGGUUCUAUGAACUUUAUAACUUUAUCAUAACAGGUUUGUUUUGAGAGCACAUGUUAUCUAUUAUAUCGAUUAUCUUAUUCUGGAUUUGAUAGAGCAAGAAUAGGAUGACUUGUUAUUUUUAGAAUAGUGGGCACGAAGGUGUUGCAGGUGUUUAUUUUUUUUGUAAAUAUGUGUUUAUUUUUGAAGUUUUGUUGUAGCAUAUACAAUCAAACAUGCAGUAGUGAGUUGGGAGACACGCAGGUCUCAUGUACAGUUACAUUUAGUUGUAUAUUUAACAUUUACGCAGUAUUCCUUGGGACUUGCAGGCUCUAUUAUCCUCAUGUGUCUGCGAAAUCCAAAUCUCAGUUUUUUCCCUUUUUCUCUCUUUCCCUCCCCACUCCCCCUCCGUUCCCUGGCUCCCUUCCUCCUACCCUCCCCUUCCUAUUCCUUUUCCUUCCCUUUCCCCUUCCCUCUCCUUUCUCUUUCCCUCCCCCCUUCUUCUCCCCUUCUUUCCCUUUCUUUUUUCUCCCUUCCUCUCUCCCUCCCUCCCCCUCCCCCUCUUCCUUUUUUUUUUCUUUUUCCUUUUCCUGUUUUGCAUUCCCUGGUAUCGUGGGUUGUUUCUUUUACUGUGGGGUUAGGGCUAUCACAUUGUGCUAUGGGGGUCCCUAUCUCAUGGUUCCCUGUGUUCUAUCUGUGUGUUGGCGCAGUCGCCUGGCGUCAGUAGCCCCCUACCGUCUGGGCUUCUGUCUUUGUCUAAUAUCAUCCGAUUUUCCGGUGCGAGCGGGUUUGCUAGAACACUUUAGUUCUCCGUCUCGUGCGUUUUAUUCAUGGGUGUUGUGUGUUAUUCUGUGGCAUAUGUGUGUGCUGCUGUUGAUCUUUACAUUGUGUUAGGCUCGUCUUACGGUCCUGGGUCUCCCUUCCUUUGUCCACUACUUCAGCUAGUGUAUGUUUGUCUUUACCUCCGUUUGGGAUUUCUUUCUGUGAUGGUCGUCCACCAAGCAGCAUAUACCGCUUUCGUGGGUGACCAUGCCUAGAUUGCUCGUGUUCGUUUCUGUGAAUUCCAGAUGGCGCUGGAACUAGAGCUGGGUAUGUUUGUUUAAUGGUUCAACAUGAGUUUGUUUUUGUGUGGCUAUUGUAUUUUCCGUUUCUGUUCUGAUCAGCGUGUAUCAGUAUGUGGCUGAUUCUUCGGCUGUAUUUGUACUGUGGUGUGGUGCCUAAUAGGUUGUUGUGUCUCCGUGGUCCUUGUGUUGUGUUAUAGGUUUGGAGAGAAAAGGGGGAAGAGAGAGGAAGAGAGGAAAAAAAAAAAAGGGUGGGGGGUGGGGGAUGGUCGCCUGUUCGAUGUAUGGGGUCACCUUCUAUGUUACAUAUGCUAGCCAAGGCCUCCAGGUCUCCGUGUGUCGUUCUUCUCUCCCCAGCAGCUCUGCUAUUUUGGCUUCUGCUAUUCGUAUGUCUUCUACUUUACGUUUCCAUUGUUCUGUCGUGGGUGGUUCCUGUUUCUUCCAGUGUAAUGGGAUCAGCGACUUAGCUGCGUUCAGCAGAUGUCUCAGAAUCGACUUUUUGUAGGAGGCAAGGGGUUGUUCCGUGUGGUGUAGGAGGGCGGCCGCCAUCGUCAGGGUUGGGGGGUCAUCCAAGAUGGUCUGGAGUUCAUGUUCGAUCUUCCUCCAGUAUGGCUCGAUGAUCGUGCAGUCCCACCAUAUAUGUCGCAGCGUUCCAGGACCCGCGUUGCAUCUCCAGCAGGUGUUCGGUAUAGUCGGAAUGUAUCGGCUGAGUGCAGAGGGUGUGCGGUACCAGUGUGUCAGUAAUUUGAAGUUUACUUCCUGGUAGUGAGAGCUGGAUGAGCUCUUGUGUUGUAGUAUCAGGAUUUUCCCCCAUUGGUCGUCUGGGAAAGUCGUGUCCGUCCUUUCCUCCCAUUGUCGUUUGUACAGGUUGUUGUUCGUUCUAUUACCUGUGAUUAAGGUUCGGUAUAUCGCCGACACCCUCCCGUCCGCUUCCGGUGCUUGUGAGCAUAGUGUUUCAUACCAUGUGAGGUCCCUGUGUAUUUUAGUUCUGUGCGGUAAGUUAUGAUAGUAGUGUUGCAACUGGGCGUAAUGGAACCGGUGCAUGAGCGUGAGCGGGCUUUGCAGGUGUUUAUUAAGGACCCAUGCUUUGGCUAUCUUUAGAAGAAGAAAUUUACUAAUAUUGUGAUUAGUGAGUAUAGGUCUUCUAUGCUAUUACCUUUUUUAAUUGCUAUAUAGUUACUCAUUGUAACAACCAGGAUUCUUAAGUGAUAUAUUUUUAACUUACAGUAAACAUUUAAGUUUAUUUAACAGCCUAGUCUGUUCUAUUAGAUUCUGUUUGAGUCUUCCGCUUUUGGGUGGUUUCGGUGAAUUUUGUUUUGUGUUUGUCUGUUCAUUUGGGGAUUAGGGCAGGGUGGCCAGGAAGUUGAUCCCCAGCUGUCGCAGAACUAAAGCUCCCAUGAUGCUUUGCUUUGUAUCAACUCAAAGGUUGAGAAUUGAGUUGUGCGGUUGGAUGGGGGCACCGUCUAUAUACCGAAACUAGUUCACUAAGUGGACACUUAGAAAUCUAUCUUUUUAGAUUCAGAACAUUAUUGUGUAACACGGUUUUAAUCCAGUUAUUUUCAUUUUAAGUACUGUAUGUGUAUUAAAGUUUGCUUAUUAUUUAAUUCAGAAAGGUUAUGUCAGACUUUACUUUUUAUGCAAUAGAGCCAUGCAUCAGUUACCAUAGAAACAGAAUGGUGACUGUAAUUCUGUAUAGUGGCUGGCAGGGCAUUUCUGAGGAUAAUUGAUUUUUCUUGAGGAAUAGGAAUCAUGUAGCUUUUUUUUUUUUUUUUUGUAGUCCCCAUGCUGUUUGACUUCAGCAAUCCUUACAAUUGGAUGCAGGUUAUGUCUAUCUGCCUGACUUGUGGGCUGUUGACAAAGGCAAUUCCUUGAAUUAUAUCUAUUCACUAGAAGGCCUGUCCUUAACCACCUUAAUGUGUAUUUUAUUAGUUCACCUGUCUUAUUUUUAUCAAAUAAAUACAUUUAAUAAAAGCACGUGUAUCCUACACAGAUUUGGAAAGGAAGUGUAUGAAAAUAAACCAUGUAAAUGCAAGCUAGGAGAAGAAAAAUUCACUGCUGAAAAUUGAUUCUCUCUUUUUUUUCUGUGACUAUUGAUAAGUGUUUCUUAUUUGAUAAAAUCAAUAACAAAAUUGAAUGUGUCUGCAAUGCGAUUUAUAUUAUAUUAAUUCUGAGAGACUUCAUAGUUUGUCUGGACAAUGUGAAAUAUAUUGUGUGUAUGUGUAUAUAUAUUUUAAAGGCUGGGCCUGUAGUUGUUGGAGGGGCUUUUGUCCCCUUUAUAAGGGUCUCCAAACCUCUUAGUUAUUGUUCUGGGGAGUUACCCCUCCCACCACUCCCACUUUUCAUGUCACCCUCUAAGGUGCUCCUAUUUAUAUACAAUAUAGCCAGGUGCCAGUCCCAGAGGCACAAUUUGUAUACAAAAUAACAGAAGAUGGAGCUGCAUUCCCAGUCUUAAAGUAAAAUAUUUAUUUGAAUCAAAGUUCAACUUGUUCUGUUAAUUCUGAGAGUCUUCAGAGUUAAUCUAUAGACAAUGUGACCAUUUACUUUUGUUUUCUGAGGAUAAAAGACGUAGGGCACUCAUAUUGUAGAACACAGCUGUUUACAUUGUAUCCAGGGUGAAACCAGGUUUCAAAAGGAGAAUUACAUAUUACACACAAGGAUACAAAGUAUUGGGCCCCCCCCCCCUUUUUUGUAUUUCAAAAACAAGAUAGUUUCAAUGCACAAAAAUAGGGAGAAAGUACAAUUGGUAGUUGCCAAGUUAUGUUGCAACAUAGAAUAGACACAUACAGUUAUGAUUUAGGAAGAGAGUCUGGUAGUUCAAUAGCAUCCCUAGAAUUGGGUCAUUUAGAACACCCUCUAAAGGACCCAAUUCUAGGGAUGCUAUUGAACUACCACUUGCCAGGGUCACGGACUAAAGAGGGUUCUGUUGAGCCAGACUUGUAUUACCUUAUUUUAAAUCUGUUAAGAGUGUUUCCACAUUAUGGAAAGGUGUUCAUAAAUGCAUAAAGGAUACUUGUUUCGGAUUGCAUAAAUUAGAGAAAGCAAUCAUAUCUCCUCGAAUAAAUCAAUGAUCUUUAAUGGAAUAACAGUGCAUUCAAGCAUUGAUUACAGAUCACCAGUGCCAUUUUAAAAGUGGUUUACAAUCUAUAUUUUUCACAUAUUUAUUUCCUUUUUAAUCAAAUCCACAAUUCAAAUCAGACAGUAUUUGCCUAUUUAUUUAUUACUUGCAUUUAUAAAGCACCAACAUAUUCUGCAGCACUGUACAAUUGGAAAAGACAACACAAUAAGAACAGAUCGAUACAAUGGGUAGAGGACCCUGCCUGUGAGCUUACACUUUAAAGGUUAACCUGGGGAGAUCAGACAAGAGAGAGCCUAGAUGAAAAGCUUCUUAUUGAAUAUAAAAUUUCUUACAUGUGAGUUUAAAAUUCUCUCUCCUCACUUGCCAUUGAUAAUGUAGCUGUGGUGAGCAUGCCAUGAGCGGUCUGGGCUUAAAGUGGUAAGGAAAUCAGAAGUUCUGUCGAGUUUUUGAAAUUUUAAGCCCUGCCUUUCGUUGUAUCAGUAUAAUCUGUACUUUGUUGUAACUUUGUUGCUUGCAAGUGUGCAGAUAGCAUUGUACAUUUGACCUUUAGCAUAGUGAUGUUGACAUAGAUGUAAUAACUGAGAAUCCGGCUCCUUUAGUAAUUUGAAUGCAUUGAAUGCAUUGGCAUUGGGAGUAAGCAAAAACAAUCUGUUCUGAGUUCUACUUAUAGAGAAAUGUUUUGUUCACAGAUGUCCAAGGGAAACUGAUCUUGAUGAUUUUAAUUGCGGCAUGUAUAUUAUUAUUAUUAUUAUUAUUAUUGGUAUUUAUAUAGCACCAGCAUAUUCGGUAGCGUUUUACAAAAUUAUCCAAGGGGGAGAUUUAACAAUAAAUUAGACAAUUACAAAAUGAAAGAGGAUUAGUACAAGCUCAGGUUUGCAGGCAGGUAUCGACUGCGUAGCGUGAUGACAAAUCCCAUAAAAAUUUUUAAAAAGUGAAAAUCGUGUUCUUUGUGCCAAUGUCAUCUUCAAUUUGUUUUUUGUUUUUUUUUAUUCCUAUUUUUCGUACAGUUCUACAUGCUGCAUAGAAACUUUGUGCUAAUUUGUUUUUAAAAUACACAUUAUUGUUUAAAAUGUCUUUGAUUUGAUUGAUCUUUGUUAGUUGCAUGAAAAAGGUAGCCUUCAUUAAGAUGUAUUGUCAAUUCCUUUCUUUUAACCAUUUGGAUAUAACAAUGCUUAUUUGAAUUGACUGUCACUGAGGCAAUAACUUGUGUAUACCCAUGGCUGCAUUGUUUAAAAAUCACUCCAAUAUGUAUGGUGUCAGUGUGUUGGAAAAGCACUCGGGCAGAAAAUUAAACUGUGGUUUCACCAAUUUUUAUUCAGCAUAUUGAAAAAAAUAUAUUUUAUAUAAAGCCUUGUUCUGUUUAUUGCUGGAGUUCUCCCCUGUGUAACCUCUGUUGUAAGUGAUCUCUGUGUGUGGAGCGGAUAGGAAAUGAUUGCAUCACACACUGGAUUUUAUUUUCACUUUCAAAUCCAUUAAUCUGCAGCACAAUUUUCACAUGAAACACAUUGUCUCUCAUUCUCUGCUUCACCAGGCAGCCCUGAGCUUUAUUUCAUUCACAUCUGUGAAUAUCUGAUGACCUAAGGAAACACAUAAGAUAUGAAGGAAAACAGGAUGAUUCCUUAUGAUUAGAAAUACUAUAGAAAAUAUGUAUUUUGUAUUCUCGCUUAUAUACAAAUCAAGGCUUUUAACACUAGUACUUUGCCACAUAUUGUGAUUAAAUUCAAGUUAUACAAUUAGCCCAGGAAACAUAGCCUUAAAACUAAGAGGAGAUAUUAUAAGGAAUUCAAGAGAGAGAUAUACUAUAAGAGAUUAAAAGGUUUUGCAGGAGGCUGCAGGGCUAGGUACUAGGUGAAACCACCUGUAGCUGUAGGAAGUCCAUUACAAAUAGUUAAAAGACAAAAAGGGGUGUAAUAUGGCUUGUGCCAUAUUUUGCAGAAAUGUUCAUUCUAUUAUUGGAAAGGGAAUGACAACUAAAAAAAAGUAUUUACUUUAAAACUUGUGUGUGUACUAAAGUAAGCUUUUGGAUCUUAAGGACUGCAGCUGUAACACUUAUAAACCUGCCUACUGACCCUAUAGUAAAAGGCCCUAUUGCCAGACCACAUACCUGAUGUUCACUUUAAAGAAUCACUAAAGGGUCAGGAACACAAACAUGUAUUCCUGACCCUAUAGUGAAAACACACCAUUUAGGUAGUUUGCCCUCCUUCUUAGCCCCCUCAGAAUGGGUUAAAACUCACCUUAUUUUCAGCUCUUCACCGGUCUGCAGGCGCUGGUCCCGUCCCUUGGUGACAUCAUCAAAAUAGUUGAUUUUUAGCCAAUCCAGUGCUUUCCAGUGGGGAAAGCAUUGGAUUGGCUAAAAUCGGCAAGGGGCCGGGCCAAAAACCAUUUUGGCCAAUCAGCACCUCCUCGUAGAGAUGCAUUGAAUCACGCUGUGCAGCCCUGAGCCAGGAGGCCCCUCCAGUGGCCAUCUAAGGGGUGGCCACUUGGAGGUGUCCCUAGGGGCAAUGUAAACACUGCCUUUUCUCUGAAAAGACAGUGUUUGCAUAAAAAAAGCAUGAAGGGAGCUUUUACUCACCAGAACAACUACAUUAACUAUAGUGUCCCCUUAAAUCAGUGUCCAAACUGGAAUGAUUAAUUUCAAAGGAUUACUCCAGUCAUUCUCUGACCACAAAAACCAAUAGAAUUUAAGUAAAUUUGAUAGAUUAUGUGCUUGUAUUCAUAAUGUUUUGUCGUUAUUAAGAAUAUGAGCAUAUAAUCUAUUGUGUCAAGUGAAAUCGGCGCUGGACCCAGGUAAGUGACUGAAGGGGUUAUUAACACCUUCAGUGCUGCAGGAGGGGGCCUUGACAGAAGGGGAAGCUACAGUGCCAGGAAAAUUAGUUUGUUUUCCUGGCACUAUAGUUUCCCUUUAAUGAUUGUGUGCACUUGGCAGUCAUACAGAGAAGAUGUAAAAUUAAACAUUGUAUAUAUUUCUCCUGUUCAUUAGCAAUGUCUGCCCUGGCUUUGCCUUGCCUGAAAUGGAUUAUGUAGUAAUUUGCUAACUCUUUAAGUUUUGUUUUAACAUGGGGAAAAAAGGUUUAAAAGUUUUUUUUUUUUUUUUUUUAAAGGGAUAUUUAAUGUUUUAUUCAGUGCUGUAAAUUCCAGUACAGUUACGUUGGUGUGCAUGCAGGAUGUUCCUUCAGUGGUGGGUUUUACUUUUUGAUGUUGCAUGCCUUAAUAUUUAUGCUUGAUCUUCUAUGAUUUUCUGUGCACUACCUAAAUAGUGUCAAUUUCUAUUUGCAGGAACACCAUUUACAACGAGCUAUCUCAGCACAGCAAGUUUUUAGAGAAAAGAAAGAAAGCAUGGUUAUCCCAGUUCCCGAGGCUGAGAGCAAUGUACUUUACUACAGUCGUCUGUAUAAGGGAGAAUUUAAACAGCCCAAGCAGUUCAUUCACAUUCAACGUAAGUUCAUCUGUUGUUCAUCUAUUUCUUGAAACAAGUAAAAAGCAUUGGUGUCCUCAUAUUUGUCUGCAUUCCAGUUAGCAAACAAGGAUGCGUCUGUUUAUAGUAACUGGAUGAGCCACCUGCCCUCUCAUACAAGAAGCCAAGUUUCGAAAAGAAACAGUUUUGACUGUUAAGCACUUUAUACCAAUUCCUCUACUUAACUCAUGCUGUCUUGCAUUUCUGAUAGGCGUGCAGCAGGUUGGAUUUGAUUUUAAAUCAAUUUUGAAGUCAAUUUUAAAUCCAUUUUUUUAUCACUAGUCACUAGUCUAUUUGCAUUAUGAUUUUUCAAAGUAAACACUUUUUAAAAUGUAUUUUCUUGCUGGUUGUUCUAGUCUUUAAAGGGACACUAUAGUCACCCAGACCACUUCAGCUCAGUGAAAUGGUCUGCGUGCCAGGUCCCCCAGGUUUUAAUCCUUCAGAUGGACUGUUUGAAUGCGCGUGCGGCUCUUGCCGCACAUGCUCAUUCUGCUCCACUCAGGAGCUGACAUUGGCGGGGGAGGAGAGGUCACCAGUGCCGAGGGAGCCCGGCACUGGAUUAAAGUAAGUUGCUGGAUGGAUUUUAACCCCUUCUGCGCCAAGGGAAGGGGUGCCUUGAGGGAGGAGGGACCUUAAGGGUUAUAUAGUGUCAGGAAAACAAGUUUGUUUUCCUGACACUAUAGUGAUCCUUUAAUGUUUCCAGCCAAAUGAAGGUAUCCUAUUUAGAGUAAUAACUUUUUUAGGUUAGUUUAAGUUAUCAUUUUCAAUGGAUUUUGUUCUAUACCGUUAGAAAUACACUGAUAAUUAAAUUAUCUCCAGCUUAAUAGGUUAUAAUUAUUCAUAUUCGAAGGACAACUUUAAGCAGAGCGGUCAAUGUCUGGGUACUUUGCAUAAUUUGCAAAGACCUCUAUUGGUGACAUUGCUGUUCGGGGGUCCAGUGGCUGAGGGAAAUAGGCAAAUAUGAAAUCUAUUUACUUGAAAAUGAAAUGUCCCAUGCGGGCGCCAACAUCCCCUUUAGGUUGUUCCUCCACCAUUACUGGCUCUUCUGCGCCAGGUGCCUCAUGUAUGCGCGUCAGUACAGCAUUGAGACCAUGGGAUCCUCCAUAGAUCUGCUAGCUUCCAAGACAGCGGGAUCUUCCAUAAAAAGCUGAUUUCCCUGCAGCAGUCACUGGUGAUGGCUGGGGGAUUGACACUUCUAGAUGGAGGUAGCUCCUCCUACAGUAAAGAAGUGUCAGGCAUUGGACAAAUACUGACACAAGGUAUUCCCUACUUUGUCUCAGUAUAUCUUUUGAUUGGGUUGGAAUCUCUGUGAAAUAUGUCAAUACGUCAAUAUGAGUAUUUCAUAAAGAAAGUGGAAGGGAUGCUAGGGAGAGGCAGUGCAGCUUAAAAUUCAAGGUGGUUCUGUGUGUACAUUUGCAGAUUAACAAUAUUUAAAAACCUUUUCUGAAAUUUGUAUAUUUUAUAAAAUUUUGUUGCUUUAAAAAAAAUUAAACAAAAUGUUUCUCUCAAAAAUGUAAAUACAGCCUCAUGCCACAUAACUAGUCCAGAACACAUGCUGAAUAACCCUUUGAUUAUGAUGCAUCUUAAAUUUUAAAUCUUUAGAUAUUUUUUUCCUCCAGAUUUUGAAUCGAUUUUAUCUACACUGGUGUUCUGCUUCAUUUUUACCUGUGUCAUAAUUAUGUAAAGCAGUAGUGGACCAAAGGAAUGCAAUGUUUAACCCCUUAAAACCGGAGGACGUACAAUUACGCCCUCUAAUAGGCGGCUCUAAACGCCGCCGGGCGUAAUUGUACGCCCUCCGGUUUUUGUUAACUUACCCGGUCGCCGGCGGUCCCACGCCGGCGAUCGCGGUUGGGGGACUCCCAGGGAGCCCCCCGCGGCACAUCCGUCCUCGUCGAAGCCCCCCGGCCAUGUGAGAGUGGGGUCCUAGCGAGGACCCCACAAUCACAUGGCCGGGGAUAGCUGGCUUCUGUAUUGCCGGCAGGGGGGCUGCCUGUAAUGACAGGUGGUCCCCCUGCUGGCUGAAAAUAAAAUAAAAAUAAGUUAAUGGUGUAAAAAAAAAUAAUUAUAUAUACUUAGAUCAUAUGUAUAUAUUAUAUAUAUAUGAUCUAAGUAUAUAUAUACACAUAUACAUACACACACAUACACCGUCUAGGUGUAUUUUACUAUUAAUAUAUAUUUAAUUAUAUAUAUAUAUAAUAUCAAAUUACACGUAGACUGAUACUGAUUAAAUAUAUAUAUAAUUAUUGUUAUAUAUAUAUUUAUAUAUAAUAUAAAAAAAAUAAAAAUGUAAAUACGUUAAAAAAUAAAAUUAAAAAAAUAAUUAAAAAUAAAUAAUUAAAAAAUAUAUAGAUGUGUGUUAUUUCGUUCUAACUGUUUUGUGAAAUUAAUAUAUAUAUAUAUAUAUCAAAAUACACGUAGAACGAAAUAAUAUAUAUAUCUAUAUACAUAAAUAUAUACGUAUAUAUCACUAUAUAUAUACCUAUAUAUAAAUAAAAAUAUUUAAAAAAUUAUAUAGAUAUAUACAUAUAUAUACACAUACGUAUAUAUAUACAUAUAUUAAUUCUACAUAUAUAUUUAUGUAAUAUUUUUACAUAAUUAGGUAUCUUAAUUAAUUACAAUUAGCAGGACCUGCCUGACAACCCAUGCCGAAAGUAAAGGGAAUUUAAUUUGCUAGCACUAUAUUUAACCCUAUAACUUUCCAAGACACCAUAAAACCUGUACAUGGGGGGUACUGUUCUACUCGGGAGACUUCGCUGAACACAAAUAUUAGUGUUUCAAAACAGUAAAAUGUAUUACAACGAUGAUAUCGCCAGUAAAAGUGAAGUUUUUUGCAUUUUUCACGCACAAACAGCAUUACACGGACAAUAUUAUUGCUGUGAUACUUUUUACUGUUUUGAAACACAAAUAUUUGUGUUCAGCGAAGUCUCCCGAGUACAACAGUACCCCUCAUGUACAGGUUUUAUGGUGUUUUCAAAAGUUACAGCGUCAAAUAUAAGGCUUGCAUUUCAGUUUUUUUCACAUUAAAAUUUGCCAGAUUGGUUAGGUUGCCUUCGAUGGUAGCCCAAGAAUGAAAAUUACCCCUAUGAUGGCAUACCAUUUGCAAUAGUAGACAACCCAAGGUAUUGCAAACAGGGUAUGUCCAGUCUUUUUUAGUAGCCACUUAGUCACAAACACUGGCCAAAAUUGGCAUUUUUUGCAUUUUUCACACACAAACAAAUACUAACGCUAACUUUGGCCAGUGUUUGUGACCAAAUGGCUACUAAAAAAGACUGGACAUACCCCAUUUGCAAUACCUUGGGUUGUCUACUAUUGCAAAUGGUAUGCCAUUAUGGGUGUAAAUAACAUUCCCGGGCUACUAUACAGUCUCAAAGGCAACGUAACCAAUCUGGCAAAUUUCAAUUUCAAAUGUAACGUGCUAUAUUUGACCCUGUAACUUCCCAAAACGCCAUAAAACCUGUACAUAGGGGGUACUGUCUUACACGUGAGACUUUACUGAAUAUAAAUAUGUGUAUUUAUUGCAGUAAAAGCAAACAGUAUUAUGACAUUGACCGUUAAAAUGUCAUGUAGAACUAAAAAAAUCCAAAAAAAACGUAUUUUCUCCCAUUUUUUUUCAUAUUAAAUUAUGUUUCAUAGCUAAAUAUUUGAUAUUAAAUGAAAGCCCUGUUUCCCCUGAAUAAAAUGAUAUAUAAUAAGGGUGGGUGCAUUUACUAUGAAAGAGGUGUAUUACGGUUGGACAGACAUGUAGCGCAAAUGGCAGGUUUUGUUUACAUUUUGUUUUGUUCACAAUGUGUACAUUUGGCUCCGUCCUUAAGGGGUUAAUGCAUUUGCAUGUAGCAUUUCUUUACAGACAAUAUUGUUUGGAUCUGGAAUCCUCUUUUGUUUUCAGUUCAGAAUUUGUGAUUUUCAUCACAUUGAGCACACCAGGUUUAUAACCUUGGCUCAAUUUAUUCUAUAUAUUUAUUUACUGACCUGAUGCUCAUUAAAGGAAAGCAUAAUGUUUAUCUAUGCGUUAAAGAGACACUCUAUGUUCCAAAAGCACAUCUUCAUCAAAGACACUGUCCCUGCAGUCUGACAAAUGUAAACAUUGCCAAAGUGAGAUUCUGCAUUGUUUACAUUUGUCAGUGAGUGCCUCUAGUGGCUGUCAGUCAGAAUGCCUCUAGAGGCAUUUACUUCCUCAUUAAAGACUUUCUCUGAACGCUGCUAACACUUCUCAUAGAGCAGCAUUGUAUUCACUUAGCAUCCAAAUGGCAGACCCCAGCAAAGUUCAUGCAUCAUUAGGGCCCCAAUGUAUCUCUGUGAGAAACAUUGGAGUGACUUGAAACCAUCACUAAUAAUGAUUUUGGGAGAGGAGGAUUGACAGCCAUUGUGAAACUUUGACGGUACUGGAUAAAAAGUUUGAACUUUUUUUUCUUUAACUGUUUGGUGGAGGAGCUGGGCUGCAAUAAUCUAAUAAUAGCCCCAAAACUGUUAUACAUGAAACAUAUAUUUUAUAAUCUUAGUCGUGUUCUUUUAAAGUAAUCCCAGCCUGAACACAUUAGAAGUCGGUGGUGAGGCUUGCUGUCAUGCUACUUGGGAAUAUAUCAUUUAAUAUGUGUGCAAUGUAAAAUGUUUAAGACAUGUUUGUGCAUUUUGCUAAAAGUCAGGAGCCAGCAGUCAGAUUUUGGCUCGUUGGCUACUAGAAUUUCUAAAGUCUUUGUUGUUGUUAUGGUGCCCAUGAAAGCCUUUUAGUAGCUUUACCAGUAUGAAAAAUAAUUUCAUUAAAUAUUGCAGAAAGUCUGAUUUUGCUACAAAUUCUGUUAUGAUUUUAGCUUUUAAUCUGGACAAUGAACAACCAGAUUAUGAUAUGGACUCUGAAGAUGAGACAUUGCUUAACAGACUAAAUAGGAAAAUGGAAAUUAAGCCACUGCAAUUUGAAACUAUGAUUGACAGGCUGGAGAAGGCAAGCUCUAAUCAGGUAAGAUACUGCUGAAGAGUGAAUGCUUAAACAUUGCUUUCAUGGGCUUUUCCAAGGAUUGUGUGUCUGUGUAUGGAAAUACAGAUUCUCAAAAUGGUCACUAUAAUAUGUAAACUAUACAUGAAGCACAGGGACCAACUGCUACCUUGGAGGUGCUAUUCAUUGGUUUUACUGGGUAAAAAUUGGCAUUACAAAAUAAAACCUAUUCCACAUCCACACCUUUAAUUUCUUGUGAAAGCAUGUCACACAUUUUGUUUUUUUAUAAUUGGAAGCAAGCAACUAAUCCAUCCGUCCCUGUUACAUGGUAGGGCCCUGAAAGCAGGAACCUUUCAAAUAUAACUUUUUUUUUUUCCCCAACCUGAAAAAAAAAAAAAAAAGGAUCAAAUUAAUAUGGCCCCUUUUUCUUUUUUUGUGGAGGUCUUUAUUUCUUAUGCAUGUUAUUUAUCAUUUAUUUGUAAAAAUUUCCCUAAGUGUUGUUUUUUGUGUGUGUUUUUUUGUUGCAUUGUCCCUUCCCCCUCCCCCUCCCCUCUUUCCUUUAAAGCAGGGAUCCUCAAACUCCAGCCCUCCAGAUGUUGCUGAACUACAACUCCCAUGAUUCUUUGUGGUGAAGAGUGUGUUCUUUGUCAUUUUACAAAGGGUGCAGAGUUUAAUAGAAAUUGUCACUUUUAUAAUUAACCUUGCUACACCCCCUGGCUGUCAUUCAGACAACAGGUCCUGUUACUUCUGGGUUGCAUAGCUCAGUGGAGAUAAACUCAAGAGGCAGCAACUGCUCAGGGCACCUGCCUUUCAAAUACCUAUCAUCAAGCUGCACUGGGAAGUCUGUGAUUGGAUAGCCAUAGAAAAUCUGGGCAGAGUUACAAGGGGAGGGCUUGCAUAGGCAGCAGAUCAGAGAUCUGCAACUUUUGCAAGAUGUUUUAGAUAUACGCAAGUAAUUUAAGUGCAUGCAUUUUUUUUCAUUAGUGGUUAUAUCUACUAAGCAGUGAUAUUUUUAUUUCAUCAGUGGACUGUUCUAUCUAAAUUAUUUCAGUACGUUUUCUUAAUAGAAAUUUAGAAAGUGAAAAACUAGUGGGUUGAUUCUCAUCACAUUGGUUGCCCAGAAGCAUUGUGGAUGUGUGAGUGUUGGAAGUCUCACUAUUAUUCAGAGAUGAGAUAUUGUCACUCUGUCUCCCUCAAUUAUACAUUACCAAUCUUGAAUCUAUUCAAGCAGUGUCACCUUGCUGGUUUUCAAGCAGGCAGUAGAGCUUUAGUACAUUUGUUUUAGUGGAAUAUGUAUAUAAAAAGUGUUCCUGCAUUACACAAAUAAUAUGUACUUAUUUUUUUUUUUUUUUGUGUUAAGCAUUCUGCCGAAAAUGUUAUUUUGGCUAAAGCGUAGAACAGACCACACAGCUGUUAUAAAGUUUAAAUUUUCCCAUUUGUUUUGCAGCUUGUUACUCUCCAAGAAGCAAAGCUGCUACUAAAUGAAGACGAUUACCUUAUCAAAUCUGUAUAUGACUACUGGGUAAGAAAGCGUAAGAACUGCAGGGGGCCAUCCCUUAUUCCUCAAAUCAAGCAAGAGAAAAGAGAUGGCUCUACAAACAGCGACCCUUACGUUGCCUUCAGGAGGAGGACAGAGAAAAUGCAAACACGGAAGGUAAGUUCCUGUUUCGUUUGACAUUCUUUUAUAUAAAUAACUAUUGCUUAAUGCGUUGUGACCUAUAAAGAAAGAUGAGGGCUAAGUAGUAGUUCUUAAAUGUGAUAACCCAGUCUGGGGCUGUCGCUCCCUUUUUUGAUACAUUAUGGAGAUAAUCUUAAAAAAGGGCCCGGGAAUAUAUAUGUGAGCCUAUUCUUGUCCUCCCCCCUUUUCCCCAAUUUUGAUCUUUUGUGUCUUGCUUUCUUUUUUUCCAUGAAAAACUUCUUGGUAGGUACACAUCCACUGCUGUUACAAACAUUCAUUUAAAAAUAAAACAAAAAAGUAACUUGAGUGUUGUGAAUGUUAUACACAAACUGGCAGGGCAUGGAGAAAACUUAGUCCUCUACUUGAUAGGCCACACAUUGGGUCACUAGCUGCAUAGCACUGAAUGCUAUAUUAUCAGCAUGAACGUCUAUAUAGGCCAGGGGUGUCCUUGCAUUAUGUAUUAUGCAAGGGGUACCAGUGGUCAUGUUGCUCGGAGUGCCCAGUUAAUAUUGAUAUUCUUGGCAAUGCUAGAUUUUUAUUUAUUUUUUUUACAGAAAGGGAUCAUUUUUGUUUUAUCUUAUUUUAUAUUACAAAGAAUGUAAACAAAAUACAGCUGGGAUAGUAUUGUGUUAAUGAAAGAAUGAACUGUUUACUUUUAAAAUUACUUUUUUAAAUUUAUAAAAACCGAUAUUUUACUAAUUGAAGCAGCAACAAUGUGUUGAGUAUUCUCUAGUUACCAUGUAAAUGUGGUAUAGAUAUUAAUCAUUCAUAAAGCCAUGCCACAGUGACCUCUGUUUACUUUCAGCAUUUACUAGUAAAAUGAGAUGGUUACCUCUUUAUAUACACAUACAGCAACUUACAGCAGUCAUAAAUCUAGUACUAACUUAGAAAUGGAAAAGAUACAAUAUGACCGUAAAAUUAAAUCAACGAAUCUACAGUCAGAUGAUUUUCAUUUUAGUUAUUCAGAAUGAAGUGAUUCUCCAAUUAUCAAAACACUUCAGUCCUUUUAAUAUGCAACAUUUGUACUGUGCAUUAAUGACGGUGCCAUGAUUUUUAUUUGUUUUACUUUUAAUAGAAUCGCAAGAAUGAUGAGGCCUCGUAUGAAAAGAUGUUAAAGUUAAGAAGGGAGUUUAGCCGAGCCAUAACCAUUUUGGAAAUGAUCAAAAGAAGAGAAAAGACGAAACGGGAGUUAUUACACCUAACGUUGGAAGUGGUAGAAAAAAGGUAAAAUAAAAUUGUAAUGCUAUAAUUGUCACUCAUCUCCUUGGUUGCAAUUAUGAUGUGCAGUAACAGUAGGUAUUUUUAUUUAUUUAUUUUAACGUAGGUAUAACUUAGGUGACUUUGGAGGGGAGAUCUUGAAUGAGAUUAAGAUUCCAAAAGUUGAAAAAGAAGUUCACGCCAUUCCAGCAUCUCUUCAUAAUGGGAACCACCAUAAAGUACCAGAGUGCAAAGCAAAGGUAUGCAUACUGAAUUUUUUAUUUUUAUUUUUUUGGGUGUGUGGUGUGGAAAUGGGUCUUAAGACCUUCUGAAAAUGCUCCAAGUUAGAUUUUUUUUUUUUUUAAUAUGUUCACUGUUCACCUCCGUUUAUAUUCAGCAGCUAUUUGCUCACCAUUGCUAUGUUUUUCUGCAUUGAUAUUACUGAUGUGCCUUGUUACUGCAGAUUUUAAAGAAUAGCUUGAUGGGGGAGCUUUAUCAAAGUGUUGCUGACACAUUUCUGACUAACUUAAGGCAACUUAAUGGAUUUUUUAGUUUUUCUCACUGAAAAGUAGCAGUAUUUUUCCCAGAAAUCUUCAGAAAAAUGGAAAUUUCUGCAAAACCCUACAGAAUUUACUGUACAUAACAGUAAUUUUUUAGAUCACCAUAAAAACUACAGAAAUGUACCAUCACUUUUCAAAACACUUUCUUGAAUUAUCAUAUAAAGUUUACCCCUUAAUCUGUUUUACGGACAUUUGCAGUGUUAAUAGUUAAAGGACCACUAUAGUGCCAGGAAAACAUACUCGUUUUCCUGGCACUAUAGUGCCCUGAGGUUGCCCCCACCCUCAGGGACAACCUCCCGCCGGGCUCUGGAGAGAGGAAGGGGUUAAACACUUACCUUUCUCCAGCGCCGGGCGGGGAGCUGUACUCCUCCUCUCCUCCUUGCUCGCGACAUCAUCGGCUGAAUGCGCAUGCGCGGCAGGAGCUGUGCGCGCAUUCAGCCGGUCGCAUAGGAAAGCAUUUACAAUGCUUUCCUAUGGACGCUUGCGUGCUCUCACUGUGAUUUUCACAGUGAGAAGCACGCAAGCGCCUCUAGCGGCUGUCAAUGAGACAGUCACUAGAGGCUCUGGAGGCUGGAUUAACCCUCAGUAUAAACAUAGCAGUUUCUCUGAAACUGCUAUGUUUAUAAAAAAAAAAAAAAAAGGGGGUUAAUCCUAGCGGUACCUGGCACCCAGACCACUUCAUAAAGCUGAAGUGGUCUGGGUGCCUAGAGUGGUCCUUUAACUCCUUGUUUAGGAAACAUUAAAAUGGAGCUUUAUAGGGCUAAAAGCCUAUAUGCACAUUUAUUUCAGAGUUUGGUCAAGCUUCUGCAACAUCUGCAUAUAUAAUUAUGAAUGCUAUAAAACACUAAUUGGUUAAGGAAUAAUUCUAUUUCAUCCAAAAUUUCAGUGGUUUUGUGUAUGUUGUAGUCUCGUAAAAUUACAAUAAUUAGCAAAGUUUUUUUUUUGUUUGUUUUUUUUUUUUAAUUAAAGAAACAAAAGCUAGAUUUGUAAAGCCAUGCGGUAUAAAGCCGCUUAGUUUUCUUACAUUCAUAAUAUCUACUAGUAAAAGGUGAAACUUACAGGGAAAAAAAACAUGUUAACUGAAAUCUGUACGAAACUCAAAAAUACGGCUCGCAAAGCUGAAUGGAAUCCUGACUGCUGUACAUUUACAAUAAACUGUUGCUGCACAAGGGUUUAUGGGAAAGUUAGAACUCUGCCAUUGAAAGAAAUUGGACAGAGAAUAAUUGUUUGAGGCAUCCAAGUUAUUUCCUGACUCGAGAGCAUCACAGCAAAAGUUGCAAAUGCUAAUUAAGAUUUUUAUUUGUACUACUGCAUACUUUAUUAAAGGAUCACAAUAAGGUCAGGAACACAAACCUGUAUUCCUGACCCUAUGGUUAAAACCGCCAUCUAGCCACCCAGGUUCCUUCAUGCCUCCCUAAAUGUAGUAACAUCUUACAUGUAUUCAAGUCUGCAGCUGCUUAUUUUGUACCUAUUUCCUUUAGACCUGCCCGCUGACAUCAGCAGAAGUGGUAGUCUGAUCCAAUCACAAUGCUUCCCCAUAGGAUUGGCUGAGACUGACAAAGAGGCAGAUCAGGGGCAGAGCCAGCACUAGUCAAACACAGCCCUGGCCAAUCAGCAUUUCCUCAUAGAGCUGAAUUGAAUCAAUGAAUCUCUAUGAGGAAAGUUCAGUGUCUGCAUGCAGAGGGAGGAGAUACUGAAUGUUUGGAUGCAUUUUAGGCAGCCAUGACCCAGGAAGGAUCUCUAACAGCCAUCUGAGGAGUGGCCAGUGAAGUUAUCCCUAGGCUGUAAUGUAAACACUGCAUUUUCUACUCACCAGAACAAAUUCAAUAAGCUGUAGUUGUUCUGAUGCCUAUAGUAUCCCUUUAAGAAUUAAAAUGUAAAUCUCAUUGGCAUGUUUCUUUAAAUCGAUUUAAAAUUCAGCUUUGAACAAGUGCAAAUGUAUAAUAGCAAUGUUUUAUUUAUACUUUCAAGUAGAACAGUUUCAAUGUUGAAUUGUGGGAUCGAGUAAGAUGUAACUUAGUGCUAUUUUCAUGUUCAGAAUAUACAUCAUCCGUUGGUAAAAGAAGAAGUUUUAGAAACUGUCCGUGUAAAAAAGAAAUAUCCAAAGAAGCCAAAAUCAGACACUCUCAGCGCGCCUCAGCCCAAACCCACCUCAGAGCCCUUGCCAGACAUUAGUAAGAGUGACAUCAAACAAUAUGACUUCCAAAGCUCUGAUGACGAAGAGUUCCCACAGGUAUGCACCAAUAAUGUUUUAAAGCAUUCUGCUGUUUCCUUUUGUAAAUUUGUAAUGAUAUGUUGCUUGUUUUUAAAACUUUCCUGUGUUCUGAUUGUCAGUAUAGGAAAUGUGAAAAAAGAGCAUUUCAAAAAGUGAUGGUUUAUUCCCAUAGGUACCCUCCCCAGUAUCCGAAAUGGAAGAAGAUAGUGAUCCUGAUGGACCCUAUGCUUUUAGAAGGAAAACUGGAUGCCAGUAUUAUGCCGUGAGUCUUUACUCCUCAACAUUUUUAUUUGUAGAAAGCUGCACUUUUGAAAGUGCCCACACCUUCACAGUAAAUGACAGUUGGUAAAAUAGAUUUUAUUGGUCUCCUUAUUUCUCACAUUUGCCGGUAGUUAUAAUCUCCCUUCUUUUCCAACUCUGUAUUCUUAAAGUAAAACCUUCAAAUCAAAGCUUGAGCUAAUAAUCUGUGGCUUGUUGCAAUGGAAGUAAAAAUCCUGUUCAAUCAAAGAGCUUUCGAUGCUUGGUAUAAAAUGUUGUGUAGGAAUGGUGUGGCUUUAUUGCUUUGUCUCCAACUUUCAGCCUCGUUUGGACCAAAUCAGUGACCCUUCAGAAAAUACAGAAAUGUCUGGAUUGGCUGGGUCUCGGUAUAGGCACUGCCUUACAACUCUUACAGUCCCAAGACAGUGCAUAGGCUUUGCAAGGAGGCGACUAGGCCGUGGUGGACGGUAAGGGCAUUCAUAAUUUUUGUUUAUCUUUUUCAUUGAUGUUCCCUUCCAUCUGAAAUGACAACUUUUUAUUUUUUUCUCUCUCCUUUUUCUUCUUUGUACAACUUAUUAUAUAGGGUUAUAAUGGACAGACUAUCUACGGAACAUGACUCUGUUCUAAAGCAGCUUGACCCGGAUAUGUUUUCUAGUUCUCCAAGCUCUUCCCAAGUUGCACAGUCCCCUCCUAAUCUGUCAAGGACCAAUGCUUCCGAUAAACAUUGUGAAAACAGACUUUCUCUUUCUGAGAUCUUAAGCAAUAUUCGAUCGCGUCGACUGCAGUGUUUUCAGCCAAGGCCGCUACAUUCUCAAGACAGCGAUGGAGAAGAAUGUACCUCAAGGAUAGUAGGACAAGCUGUGAAUAUUAAGAGAGUUUCUACAGCUUUAUUGAACACCAGCAAAAAUGGCUUGACGGGUAAUGGAAUCCUAUUAACCUACCAUUUAUUGUAUAUCCUUUAAUUUACAUGUUAAUCACUUUUGGUUUGCUAUUUUGUUUAAUAUUUUUUUUUUAACCACGGCACAAAUUGCAGAAGAAUUCACUAAUUCACACUAUCUCUUACAUUGAAUGUCAUUUACGCCUUCUUAAUGUCAGGCCAAGACCACUUAUAAAGUGCUUCAUACCUCAACAUUGGGAGGUAUGAAAUCGGGAAAGAGAAGAGAAGGCCUAUAGGUGGAAGAGACUGCCAAUGACUAAAAAAGAGCCUGUUGUGAAUGCACAUUAAGUUAUUUGCCGGCCUCACUGAAUUGCCACACUUGGGUUUGUCCAUUAAUUUAAUGCCAUGAAGCAUGAUGCAUACUAAUUUCUAUUGAUGCACAUGCACUGACAGGAUGAACUUUCCAAAACAGGGACAGUUUGGUGUUAUGACAUUUUGUGUGGUAGAUGAUUUUUAAAUUAACACCUAUAGAUGUAUGCUACUGGUUGUCAACUUGAUAUGUGUACUCAGGGUACUUCUUCAUAGUCCUAGUCCUCUGUAAUGAAUCGAAAUUACCAUCCCUUGCUCCUGAACUAGCGGUCUUGAAAAGACAACAUUUCCAUUUCCAUUUUUAACAGGUUGCCCAUAAAGUAUGGUGAUAAUAUUGCCAUUUUAAUUGGCACUCCAUUAAUCUGUCCUUUGAAUUAUGUUAUGCGAAUACACGCUUUCCAAAGUAAAUUACUUAACAUAUGUAUUGAUAUUGUUUGUAUUUUGAUUUUUCUGUUGUAUGCUUAUUCACUAAACUGUUUGUCAGAAAUCAGGCAGAUUAAUUUGUGUCAGAAUAGCUGAAUUGGAAUAAUUCUCAGUUAAGAUCAAGGGAUUUCUUAGCUUAAAGUGUCUCUUUAAGCUGUUAAUAAAGUAAUUAACGUUGGGUAACAUAACUAAAUCCUUGGUAUAAGAUGCACACAAUUUGUGUGCAUCAGUGGGGUCUAUAGAAGCCUGCUGAUGGGUAUAAGAGCAUCCCAGGUGUGGGUUUCUUUACAUACAGAUAUCAAUUUCUGGCUCAUUCACUGACAAAUGUGGCCAGCAGGGGGCAUUCAGAGGACUGGAAAACAGAUUGUUGGCCUUUAGGGUCAUUUAUUUUGUGUUCCCUUUUGGAACCAAAAACCCUUUACUCAACACAACUAAUUAGUGAUAUUCAAUACAGGAACAAAUGUGAACAUGUAGCAGUCAUAUCCAAAUAUGUCAUCUCUGAAAGGGACACUCACCACCUUUACUGUCAAACUGUGGUCAGCACUGGAACUUUUCUUUCUUUUUUUUCUUUUUUUUUUUAAAUCACAUUUUGGUUUGAUCAGUUAUAACAUUUAAAAUGCUUUUUACAUGUGCUUUUAUGCUUGAGUAGGGUUGACUUUCAUUGUUAAAGAAGUGAGGGGUUCGUCUUUAUUCAGGAACUAGAAUAGCUAAUGUACACAUUAACAGUUUUGUGUAGGAAAUUGUAAGCAUGUGCUGCAGUGCAGCCAUCCAACCCCCUCUGUUUAAGUUUUCCAAGGUGUCUUAAAUAAUAUCUUUUACCAUAAAUGUAUCUCUUCUGAAAACAUUACCAUGAGCUGCCUUCCCUGAAAAAUGAAAGUUAUUAACUCUUUCCUAUAUUCGUAGUCACAGGGGGCAUCACAGAGGAACAGUUCCAGACGCAUCAACAGCAAUUGGUUCAAAUGCAGAGGCAGCAAUUGGCUCAAAUGCAGCAGAAGCAGCAGUCUCAACAGUGCUCUCAACAGACGCAUCCAAAAGCACAGGUAGGUUGUCCAGGCAAGAUGUUUGUACAGGUCUGUAUAUUGUCAUUUACUAGGCCUAGUAAAUAUUAUUUAUGCUUUUGCCAGAAUAGCACUUUGUGUAAUGGAUCUACAGAUUUGUCACAGUGGUGCUGUAAAAAUACCAGUGGGUUUUUGCAUUCGUUAAGUGCAAUCAUUGAAAUAUUCUAAAACUGAGCCAAACAUUUUAAAAAUAACUAUCGUGCAGAACAAUGGCAAAUGUAUUGUUGUAAGCAAAGGUUUAUUUUCUUUUAUAUACAUUACACUUUUCUUUUCAGUGUGCUUGCUUAGGUAAUCAUGCAGCGUGUCUUCAAAAACAAUAAUAUGGGGUCAAUUCUUUUCGCAUUGCUUUUACAGAGUUUUUUGGGUUUGUUUGGUUUUGUCACGUUCUUCUGGCAGAGUUUAACUAUUCACUUAUAUAACAGCAGUUUAGUCAGAUUGUAUUUAAAUAGCUGGAAGAGCAAAUGCAAAUAACUUGUAAAAUAAACCAGAAAAACAAAAUAAUGCAUUUUACUACCCUUUCAUGAUCUGAUCAAUGUUCAUUUUUAAAAAGUGUUAUGUUUGAGGGGAAAAAAAAAAAUGUAAUAUUAUCUACAUUUUGCAGGGCUCUGUUAAUUCUGACUGCAUGUCCAAGACGCUUGACUCUGCAAGUGCUCAUUUUGCUGCAUCUGCUGUGGUAAACUCCCCAACUCCUGGCUGCAGCGAAAUAACCAAGGAUCAAAAUACAGGCCACAGCAACCUGAAUGGUGUUGUACAACCUUCAGGUGAGAUUAAACUGCAAAGACCGAACACAACGUGAAUGUGCUGCACAAUGCAGUAUAACUUCUGGGGAAAGAAACUUAGUUAUUGCUUAACUAAGUGUUUAAAGUAUGUAAGUUAUACACAUCUAUUUACAUUAUAUUGGAUUAAUCAAGCAUUAAAAAUAUUUAAAUAUAUUACUAGAGUUCAACAUAUUUACAUACAUAUUAUCGUUGGUGUUGGAAUUUAUUUAAAAAUUUUUUUUUUUAUUCUUUAUUUUUGCUUUGCAUUGCAUUUACAUAUGCAUUCAGCAAGAUAUGUGUUGUAUUCAAGAAUAGACUUAUGCUAGACGUAGCAGGAGUGUUGCAGUAAUUUUUACAUUAACCAAGAGCAAUAUGAUUGAUUUGAGGCUUUAUGCUCCUAGGUGUUGUACCCAGGUGGGAUGUGUGUGUUAUUCUACAUGUGUGGCCAACAUAAUAAAAAAAUAAUACGUAAGAGAAUAACUAAUACUAACUUAAAUAAACCACAGUAAGUCAUUAAAUGUGUAGUGCUGUGCCACACUGUCUGGGUCUUCUGCUAGUUACGGGUCAGACGUGCAAUUUGCAAUCCAGUUCAUGGUACAGGGGUAUGUGAUCCUCUUGUCCGUGGCUCUCGUGAGGUCUUGCAAAAAAGUGAGAGUAGAGUCCUCAAAUGUGAGAGGUGUUUUGCCUUUCAGGUCCUGGCCCGUUGUUGGGUCUGGAGUUGGUGCACUGAGUCACUUAGGGUGGCUGGCCAGGUUUGUGUGUGUGUUCAGGUUUGUUGGCUAGUUUGGAAUUUUUUUUUAUUAUAUAUAUAUAUAUAUAUACACAAAUAUUUUUAUUUUUAAGAAAUGUCUAUAUCCUGUACACAUUCUCAACAUUUACAUUUUCAUUUUUAACAGGCUGCCCAUAAAGUAUGGGGACAAUAUUGCCAUUUUAAUUGGCACUCCAUUAAUCUGUCUGUUCUGUAGCGUAAUGUUGUCCUAUGAGGGUCCCUAGAGUGUAAUACAGUUGUUAAUAAUAAGAUUAUUAUUAUUAUUAUUAUUGCCAUUUAUAUAGCACCAGCAAUUUUAUGAGAGGGGGGAUUUAACUAUAAAUAGGACCAUUACAAGAAAACUGAAGAGGACCCUGCUCAAACGAGCUUAGUCUAUAGGAGGUGGGGUAUAAAACACAUUAGGACAGGAAAUAGCAAUCUGAUAAGGUGGGAGUGAAGCACAGCUGGAGGAGAGAGUAAAGUGCUGCCCUUAAGGAGACAGCAAGAGAUGGGUAUGUGAGGUAGAGGUUACUCUGGGAGGCCAUAAGCUUUCCUAAAUAGAUGGGUUUUAAGGCACUUCUUAAACGAUUGAAGACUAGGGGAGAAUCUGAUGGCGGUAGGCAGGCUAUUCCAUAGGAGGGAGUCGCCUGCGAGAAGUCCUGUAAGUGUGAGUUGACCGUACGGGUGCGAGCAGUGGUCAGGAGAAAGUCACAGGCAGAGCGGAAAGAACGAGAAGGGGCAUACCUAUAGAUCUGUGAAAAGAUAUGAGGGGCUAGAAUUGUUCAGUGCUUUAUAGGUAAUGGUUAGUACUUUGAAUUGACUCCUAUAGGAUACAGGAAGCCAAUGUAAGGACUGACAGAGGGGUGAGGUGUGAGAGGACAGACUAGAGGGGAAAAUCAGUCUGGAGGCAGCAUUCAAUACAGACUGUAGCAAGGCGAUACAGCUUUUGGGAAGACCAAUUAGGAGAGGGUUACAAUAAUCCAUGCAGGAAAUGACUAGAGCAUGGACAAGCUCCUUGGUAGCAUCUUGCGUAAGAAAGGGACGGAUAUGUUUUUAAGAUGGAAUCUACAGGAUUUGGCAACAUACUGGAUGUGAGGCACAAAGGUGAGGCCAGAAUCAAGUAUGACGCCAAGACAGAGCACUUGCAAGGGUUGGCUUACUUCUAUACCUUUUCAUUAUGUGGCAUUCUUAAAAUCAAUAUAGUUGUAACGAUGCAUAUAUAAAUUUAAGUCUAAAUAGAAAUUAAAAUGGGAAAUGGUUGCCCAAGUGUAAAGCUGAAUUAUCACCAUUUAACAAUAAACAAUAAUUCCCCCCAUCAUAACACUGUGUGUAGUGCUGUCUACACUGGCAUGCAAUAUCUUAAUGAUAACCUUGUGAUAUGUUCUAGCUCUGUUUGUUCCUGUUUUGUUUUUGCUGUUUUUUUUUUUUAAAUCUUUGAUAUCUUUUUGUUAACUUUUUUUUUUUUUCUCCAGGGACCGCUAAAACGCUGUACUCCACAAACAUGGCUUUAUCAUCCAGCCCAGGGAUUUCAGCAGUUCAGCUUGUAAGGACAGUUGGACACCCAACCACUAACCACUUAAUUCCAACAUUGUGCACAAGCAACUCUCAAACCCUUCCUAUGAGUAAUUCUUGCCUACCCACCACCGUUCACCUCAACAAUGUCAGUGUUGUGUCACCUGUCAAUGUGCAUAUCAAUACAAGGACUUCAGCACCAUCGCCAACAGCCUUAAAACUUGCCACAGUUGCUGCCAGCAUGGAUAGAGUGCCAAAGGUUACUCCAAGCAGUGCGAUCAGCAGCAUAGCAAGGUGUGUAUCAUAGUCUGUGUGUGCCGUCUAUGAUUGUUGUCAUCUUCCUGUUUCACCAUCAUUUAGAAACCAAUACAAUCAUCUAUCAUCCAACUUCUAAGGAGCCUUCACAAGAUGUGGACUUGAGAUCUUCCAUUGGCAUAAAUACUGAGGUUUAUUUAGAACAGUAUUAUACACCUAUAGUACCAUCAUUGUUGUUGCGUAUAAGGCCUUCAUACAUCCAAUUGUCUUUAUGCGUUGUGGGAUUUUUUUUUUUGAGUCUUCUAGAAAAUUAAAACGUUGAACUCAAUCAUGUUUACAGCGUGCCUUUAUUACAGUCUGCUUUUUAAUCAUAUAAGCACCUUUUUAAGCUCCACUCUAAUUCAUUUGUAUGUAGGGUUGUACAGAAUUAUCCCCCCUCUCUCCCCCCCCCCACAAAUUUUUUUUUUUCCUUGACCUGUAAAUAAAAAUAUUUAGAAAAAUGUUUUACACGCUAUUUAUUUUAUUCCGGUGACUGUACAUACUUAAACACUGUAUAUUAAAAAUUUUUUCAAGACAACUGCUUAGUUUUGUGAAUAGGUUCUAAAGGUAUCUGAAAUCAAUUCAAAGGGGCAACAUCAGGUAUUCUACACAUAAUCAUAGACUUGAUGACAUAAAAGUCUGGUUGUAAGCCAUUUUUUGUUAAAAAAAACUUUUUUUUGAAGAGAGAGGUUUGGCAAAAGAUUUUACUGUGUGUUCCCUAUAUGCUUAAAUCGAUUUUAUUUUUCCUUUGGAAGAACAAUCUCCUAAUUGUAAGUUCUUAUGGCUAGACUUAUUUGCAGUGAGGGGGAAAAAACAACUUGUGCUUGUUGUCAAUUUGUCAUUUUUCCAUGUAUCUUUUUUAUUUUUUUAAUAAAAAUAUCAGUUAUCAGUCUCUAUCGUCUCCUGCAUUUAAAACAUUAGAAUGCAUGGGAUCUUGUCUUACUGAUUUCUGUUUUUAUAUUUUACCACUUUGGUAACUUUUAGAAGUAGUGCAGAAAACAGAAAAUUUUGGCCAAACUACACGCAGCAUAUUGGUUUUCAUGGCAGGCAGGUUGAAAGAUAUUAGUUGCGGAGCUGUAUUUAUAAGAUUUUAUCCCAAACUAUAGACUGUAUUUAUACUUUAAAUCAAGUGUUCAAACUUGUCCAUAGAGCUGUAAUUCUUUGCCAAGAGAAAUAAGAUCCAUUAUCAACUGAUGGAGCAAUUGUAAGCAUCCAUGUAAAGUUUUAACAGACAUUUCCAUGUUUGUGUAUGUAAAUUAUGAGCUUUUUUCAUCAAUGUUGUCAUACCUUGUUGUCAUGCAAUAAAACGGAUAACACCACAAAUAUAAGCUGCCAGACCUUUUAUUCAAUAUGUGCCAAAUAUUUGAUCUAUAGUUACUGAUUUUGUUUGGUACAAAGAGUUAACUAUAUUUUCUAAACCUAGCUAUAGUUGGCCAUAUAAUUAUGUAGAAUGGCCAGAAAUUAAUUGCAUUUCAUGUUGUGCCAAGUAUCAUUCAGUAUAUGAGAAGCUAUCUAGAAACUGUCUUUAUUUUAUUGCUAUUGAUAUAUAAAUUCUAAAAACAUUAAUGGCAUAUCCUACAUUUAUACUGUUAUCAAUGGCUGCAAUAUUAGCAAACAAGGCACUAUAUGAAAAAAUUCAGAUACUGUAGGUAGCACCAGAUACGCCCGAUUUCUUACUUAGCUAGUGACCGUACAUUCUAAAGGUGAGAAAUUAAUCGUAAAACAAAAAGCUAACAGAAGAAUAUGCUGUUGAUAGUUUGAGCGUGUAUGGGACAUCACAGAAAAUUGUGUGGUUGUGAGAUACUAAUCAGUUGGUGAAAUGUUAAGCAGGUUAAUAAGACUAUAUUUUAAAUUGAAAAAUAAUGACCGAGGUAAAGUGAAGCAAGGAUGCAUGGUAAGGGUCUGGUGUAAAUUAGUGGUUAUUUAUAUUCUAUGACCCAGCAUGAUUACACUAGAUUAUAUUAUCUUGUGAAGUAUAAAUGCAUUCAGGUUUUUUUUUUUUUCUUCUUUUUCUCCUUCUCCUUCUUUUAUUUUUUAUUUGUUUUGUUUUUGUAUUUUACAGAGAUAACCAUGAACCAGAAAGAUUGGGUUUAAAUGGAAUUGCAGACACAACAGUGGCUAUGGAAGUGACAUAACCUUUUAAAACAGUGGACUUUUGGCCUGACGUUUUUAGGCAUUUUCUUUCCAACUACAUGCAAAUUGCAGCGCCCUGCAGAUGGCAGUGCGCUAACACGGACCUAAAUGGACUAUCAGUAUAUUGGAAGCUAACACGAUAUACCUUGUACAUUUUGUAAAAAUGGAGAAAAUCACUACCUUGUAAAAUAGUUUAUUUGUAUCAUCAAUAUUCUUUCUGUUACUUGAAUAGUAGAUAUUCAUCUUCAUCAUGCUUUUGCACUUGAAUUUGCAACUGAAUGGAUAUUAAAAAAAAAAAAAAAAAAUCUUUAAUGGGAUCAUGAGCAUGAAUUGGGAUCCUGCAUCACUUGUUUUAACUAUUUAUUUUGCCAUGUUUACAUUUUGUAUAUUGUACAAAUAAAUCCAACUUUGUGUCUAAAAAACAAAACAAAAAAAAACAACAAAAAAAGAAAAAACAAAAUGUUAAAGAUUCAUAGCUAGGAAAUUAAAUUCUUGUAAUUUUUUUCUAAAGAAAAUGUAAAGUUUUCACUCGGUUCAUUUUGUUUCACAAUUUGACUAUCUGGACCUUUUGGUAACUAUUUUAGUGGCAUUUCACUGUCAAAUAUGAAGUUCAAGGCAAAAUAGUAUUUUCUAUUACUGUGCAGGGGUAAGGGAUGGAUCGAUAAUACAAAAUUUAAUGUAGUGACUCACUUUUCCAUAUAUUUUGAAUGUAUAUUUCUAUUUAUAAUACCAGUUUCUAAGAGUUAAUUAAACAAAAGUCUAUGGAACGUGGAAAAUUAAUGUAUCUAGCGCACAAAGUGUGCAGACGUGGUUUUUUUUCCAGCCAUUUACAUUUUAUCAUAAAUUGCAUAUUUUAUCCAGCUUCAAAACCUUAACACCCAAAGUAAAGAUUAUUUUACCAUUUAUGUAUUGCAUUAUAUACCAUUGCAAUAAUUAUUGGGCUUCUAAAUAUCGAGCCAUCCCUGGUGAAAGGGGGGUGGGAGGGAAGGGACUGUGGCAAGAUUGACUUAUCAAUUUGAGAGUUUUUCCUGUAGCUACAAGGCAAGUAACGGGUUUGAAAUGGUCUGACUGCAAUUGUUGGAAACCUUCGUAGUGUUUAGUGGUUACAUUUUUUUUUUUUUUCAUUUUUUUUAUUUUUUUAUUUUGUUUUAUAUUUUUUAUACUGUUAUUGUAAAUUAGGUAUGUGUAGUGUUGUUUAUCAGAAUGUUCGUUAAUGCACUAGCUCAGACAACUUUCCCUGUUACUUGUUCUUGAUAAGUGAAAACUGCAGGGAAAUAAAAUACAUAUCAAAACAUUAAUGCCUUGCGCAAAUGUGUUUUUUGCACAGUGUGCAAAGUUUGUAACGAUGAUUACUAUAUGUCAGAUAAAGUCCAGCCAAUAAUAAAUGGUUCUCAGACACAACUAAAUUAAC